UGCAGGCAAAUUGUAUGUACUUUCACUCUGUUGCCAACAUGUCUGAAGAUACAGUUCUGCUUGCUGCAGUUUCAUUGCUGUUUGCCUGUCAGCAAGGUAAGGCCGGGGUUAAAGAGAUUAUGACUCGUUUCAACCGUCUAAACAUUAGAUAUUAUUUGCUUAGAGCUAUUCACUGUGUAUUUUUUCUUUAUCAAUUUAAUUUUGUUCUUUUAAAUCUGCAUUUAAAGCAUGUCUGGAUGGAAAUGCCUUAAUGCACUGUAAUUGUCAUUUAAUUGAAGUGGUUAUAGUGUCUGGCACAUUCCUUCUGUUCAGUGUAAAACUUUUUUUAAUGUUUUAGUGGUAAACGAGAGUCCCCAGCAACCUAUUCCCUCGGGACUGUUUAGGGUAGUGAGGAAGCAUUAGCCUAAGCAGCAAUGGGUGUUCUGAUCACAGUAUGAAUUGGUGUGUGGUAGUAUGAAUUGGUGUGUGGCAAAAAGUGUAAUCUCUGCCCGAGCCAUUUCUCCAAUAAGGGCUGGGCUGUAUGUGGCCAAGGACUUUUAUUUCCUAGUACUUGAAAAACAGUUUAACACUGAAUGGAUAGGCAGUGCCAGGGGAGUCCAGCCAGUUUAACCAAAUCAUUAAGAUUAAAUGUUUUAUAGUGUCUACAGUGUCCCUUUAAGAUCCAUGAUUCCACUUGUUUCAAGUGAGUGCACAUGCACACAUAUGACUUAACAGGAAUAGGUGUGAGAAGAUGGUGCUUUGGAACUUGCAUGUUUUAGACCAAGAUCUCCAUUGAGGAUUGAAACAUUGCCGGAUCCACAUGUAAUUAAAUAAAAAUCCAGUUGAAUUAAGUGUAGCGUACGCAUCAUUAUUUUCAUGUCUUUUAAGGGCUGGAGGGAGCUUUGGCCAAUUCACCCUUCAAAACCACUCUAUUUCCAAUAACUCCUUUAGAAGAUGACCCUUUAACCCCUUAAGACACGUGACAUGUCAUGAUUCCCUUUUAUUCCAGAAGUUUGGUCCUUAGGGGUUAAAGGGACACACAACACCAUUACCUUUACAGAUUAUUGCAGUAGUUAUGGUUCCCGGUGUCUUUGGAAUAGUUUGACAAAAAAUGGGCCCAAGUUACCCCAGCAUUUUACAGCCAAAUGGAUAUGUAUGGAUAAUGUGAAUGCUAUCAUCUCAGAAGCAGCGUAGACAGUGGGAAUCGAGCGAGGUCUUACUGUCACACCUCUUAAGAACAAACCCAAAAACUUCUUGCAUUAUAAGCUAAGCUGUAGUUGUUAGGGAGCGUAGAGUGUGCCUUUAAAAUUCGACAACCCCAGGCAGCAAUCUGACUCCAACAUUUAAUAGAAGUUGUACUGUUUUUUUUUUUUUUUGUUUGUUUUACAUGUAACUGUCCUGUUACUGUCUUGAAUAAUGUGAGCCUUUAGACAGUAAAUUUUAUAGAACAUAUUUAAACCUGCACUCUAUUAAUAUUACCUACUUCCUUUUCACAACUUCUACUUUAAGUAUAUAUUAGCCCUUCUCCAUGUGAGAGAAAGAGGAACACCAAAAACUACAUUUCUCUGCAAGUGUUUUCUUAUAAAUAUCGCAGUUCAUAUUGUAAACUAUAAAAAGGUGUGAGUCUUGGCGGAAACAAAGGGGAAAUCUUUCAAAUUGCUAAAACAGCAAGCAGCAUCCCAUAUUGUUACCAUUGCUAGGACAAAAUGUUACUUUUUAGCUUCAUGUUACCAGAUGAUUGCAGUAUGAGCAGCAUGUUGACCUUAUAAUAAAUUCCAUGUCAUUUUUUUUUUUUUUUUUUUUUUUAAAUAGGAAUAUUCUCUUGCUGAGGUAAUUUCAAUUAGUGGGCUACUAAGCAACUCAUAUUGCGCCUUGGGCCUAGUAAAAUAUAGGCACAGUAUAGAGCAUGGGCGUCCAGCCUUUUGACUUCCUUGGGCCACACAUCAAAUAUAUAAUAUAGAUUAUAGAUAAUGUAUAUAAGUAAUAUCUUUAAAAGCUUUUUUCCUUAAUUUUUCCUUAAUUUUGAUAUUUCAAUUGUUUAGUAGAUAACUCCCUUAUUUGUUAUAAAAAUGUGGAAACGUGUGGAGCAUGUGGAAACGGUGGAGCAUUCCUUCUCCUGCCCCCAACCAUUUCUAUACCACUGAAUGGGCUCCCUGCCUCCCUCUUUGCCCGAAAGCAAUGUGCCAGAAUAACAUGAGGUUCAUUCACUCAAAACCCAAUUUUUACAAAAUAGCCAUUUAGUUGUUUUGGAGAGGUUUUCCACAUCAGUUGCAAUUCAGUAUUUAGAGAAUAAACGAUGUUUCAAUACUGAAACGGACCUAUACCUAACUGGGUCCUGUUACAUCACAAAUACUUUGAAAAUCAAUGUGUAGGUUUCCAUAUGUCUCUCACCUGUCAGGAAUUUAAUCUUUACAAGGAGCACUUCUUACACUUCAGCCCAUUGUCCACAUCAAUCUUAGAAUGCAACAAUACCAAAAGGCAAAAUAGUUUAACCUAGUGCAGCUAUUGUGUAUAAGUUGCUGUAGCCCCAAUGGCAAGCAAAAUAUAGCAAUCCAACGUAUUCUUCAAUCUCAGAAUGCCAUACUAAAUAUGCACAGCAUUUACUUUUGACAUUUCAAACCCCCUUUGCAAUGACCUGGUGUGUUGCAGCACAGUUUUUUUAUGUGCAAGUUCUGGUUUUAAUCGAAAUGAACCAACACCCAUUUAGGAUUCCUUAGCAUGAUGUCAUUUAAUGCUGCUGUGAUGUUUGGUGUGGUGAGAUCAAAAAAGUGGAAACCCCCAAACCCUCCCUGGCUCACAUUCUCCCAAAGGAGAAAGAUUUUACACUUUCCAUGAACCUAAAACACACAUGAAAUAAUAUAUAACUUUGCCUUAUUCAUGGAUUCGUUUAAAAAAAAAAAAAAAAAAGUUAAAUGCACAUUUUUGACAUGAACCUAAAAUACACUGUAAUUUGCCAUAUUUAUGCUUUUGGUGUUUAAGAACUUAUUAAAUUGAGUAAACUGUGAAGAGAAGCUUAAAUCUUAAAGCAGAUAUGUCCCUUUCCCCGAAACUGACAGAUUAAAUAUGAGUUCAGGGGCAGCCGGGUGCAGGGGAGGUAUAUUUUACUUGCCUUAAGGCUUGUACCUGUCGCUAUCUUUCUCCUGCUGUCCUAUUUGGCUCCUGGUGCUUUGGUUGCCGGGAGUCACGUCCGUGUACAACACUAAGGUUUAUGGAGAAUCUCACAAGAGAUCCUCCAUAGACGGAGCCUGAAUCGCACAGCCAUAAUUUCUGAUGGCUGUUGAGAUUGGAAAAAAGUUAAUGGUGGAACUUUGCAUUUUGUGAACCUCAGGCUUUACUAUAAGACAAGGUAUUCCCUACUUUGCCUCAUAGUAUAUUUGGAUUGUGUUGGACUUUCAAUGAAAUUCCAAUGCAGUCUUGAUCAAUGUUGCAUAAAGAAUACAUAUUGAUGAAAUACUGAAAAGCGCCAGAUCCGCUUUAAAGGGACACCCUGUACCCCUAAUGCACUUUGUUUGGUAAAAUGCUUUGUGUGAAAUGUGUCCUCCUCUUGUUUUGUUUGUUUUUUUCCCUUUCUAUUUAAUACCAAAGUGCAGAUUUCAAUAGAAUUUUGCACUUUUAGGAAAUUAACCUUGUUCACCCCCACAGCUGUCAAUCGGACAACAGGUGUUGUUCCUGAUUUGUUUAGCUCAGUGGAGCUAGACUCAAGAACCAGCAACUGCUCAGAGCACCUGCCUUGCUGCAAAGACUUCUCAUUGAGCUGCAUUGGUAAGUCUGUGAUUGGACAGCUACAGGAAGUCUGGGCUGAGUUAGAAGAGGAGGGCUUGCAAUGGAAGCAGACAAAAUAACUGGUUUUAGAUAUAACCGUAAUGGCAAAUGCAUAAAUUAAUUGCUGCAAGUUUUCAUUGGGUUAUAUCUACAAUUUUUUUUCUAUUUUAUUUGGGCAGUGAAGUGCACCUUAAGUAAAUACAGCUCUACUUUGUGUUACAUUUACAAAAACAAGUACUUUGACUCAUUUCAACUUUAACCUAAAUUUACCUAAAAUUUCCUUAGUAGGAGUUUCAACAUAAUUAACUGUUAAGUGUUGUGGCCAGGGGAGGGGCAUGAUCCAGAAUAUAGGGGACUUCAUGACCUAGCAAAAGCCAUGUAUGCAAACUUCCCAAGUGUUCCUAUUUAAGAGGGUAAGUCUAUCCUUUGGACCCAAAUCCCUCUGUCCCACUUUUUUUAUCCUAAUGUCCCUCUUUUCUAAGCACUCCAUAUUGUUGGUGUGUCUGAGUGUAUAAUAGAGCUCCACAGCAAUAAUACUUUCAGUAAUGUGUCUUUAAACUACAAUAAAUGAGUUUUGAAAUCAGUCUGUGUAAAUUAGAUAUAUUCUAGUUCUAUAACUUAUUAGUAAGUCACCUAAAACUUCUCAGAACAGCCCAGCCCAUGGCCACAUCCCUGCUCUCACCCCUAAAAUAAGUGUCCCUCUUUAUCCAUUUGAAAUGUUGGGAAGUUUAUGUAAGAUUUCUUAUUUACAGACAGUAGUUCAGUGUCAGAUGCUGCAGGUGCCCCAUACAUUUAGAGCCACUUGAUGAGUAUUAUUGCUGAACAGGGUCCUGGUCGGGUGCCGCGGCCCUUUAGGAACGUGACUAGACCCCUGCAGUAUCUGUUGGCUGGGAGUGAGAGCCCAUCACUUCCUCCCAGCUUCAAACAGAGAGUGCCUUGCAGUAAUUUACCCUCCUAGACACAAAAUUUUUAUUAACAGGAGUGUGGCUCCAAAUAUAAAAAUGAUUAUUUAUGUGUCUAUGUAAUAUAGACAAAAAGGAAUUGGGGCACAACUGAAAAACAUGCAUUUUGCAGAAAUGGUGCUGCCACAGUGACCACAAAUCAUACAUAAUACAGAUGAAGGAACAGCACACUCAUAAAAAUACACUUUUCUAUUUUAUAAGGCUACUUAAAAUCACAGGGGAUUCAGUUCCACAAUAUGCCCAUAUUGUGUUAAGCCCACCACUUCUUCACAGUACCUCAAUAUCUGUGGGUCCUAUACUAACUCCAUAAUAUGUAUCUUUAUUUAUUUAAUUAAAAAAAACAAAUAUUCUAUGUCCCCCCUCCCUUCUUACCUUUAUUGAGGAGGAGGGGGGACAUAUUUUCAUCCCUGGUAGUCCCAGUGGUGAUUCCCUGGUGGUCCCAGUGGUUACAGUGAACUCUAGCCCGCGCUCCCGGGCUAGAGUUCACUCUCGCGAGAUUUGGAGCGUUGCCGUGGUAACCGCGGCAACGCUCCAAAUCUCGCGAGAGGAGGACCCGGAGGACCUGCAGACUGAGCUCCCGGGUCCUCCCUCUCCCUCCCCUGCCGGCCGCCAGCACAGUGCUAGCGCCUGCAUGUGCUGGCAGGGGAGGGAGACCGGCGGAUUUCUCGGGGGGGGCAAUUGCCCCGUUGCCCCCCCCCUGGAUCCGCCAGUGCUUUCAGUAAUGUGUCUUUAAACUACAAUAAAUGAGUUUUGAAAUCAGUCUGUGUAAAUUAGAUAUAUUCUAGUUCUAUAACUUAUUAGUAAGUCACCUAAACCUUCUCAGAACAGCCCAGCCCAUGGCCACAUCCCUGCUCUCACCCCUAAAAUAAGUGUCCCUCUUUAUCCAUUUGAAAUGUUGGGAAGUUUAUGUAAGAUUUCUUAUUUACAGACAGUAGUUCAGUGUCAGAUGCUGCAGGUGCCCCAUACAUUUAGAGCCACUUGAUGAGUAUUAUUGCUGAACAGGGUCCUGGUCGGGUGCCGCGGCCCUUUAGGAACGUGACUAGACCCCUGCAGUAUCUGUUGGCUGGGAGUGAGAGCCCAUCACUUCCUCCCAGCUUCAAACAGAGAGUGCCUUGCAGUAAUUUACCCUCCUAGACACAAAAUUUUUAUUAACAGGAGUGUGGCUCCAAAUAUAAAAAUGAUUAUUUAUGUGUCUAUGUAAUAUAGACAAAAAGGAAUUGGGGCACAACUGAAAAACAUGCAUUUUGCAGAAAUGGUGCUGCCACAGUGACCACAAAUCAUACAUAAUACAGAUGAAGGAACAGCACACUCAUAAAAAUACACUUUUCUAUUUUAUAAGGCUACUUAAAAUCACAGGGGAUUCAGUUCCACAAUAUGCCCAUAUUGUGUUAAGCCCACCACUUCUUCACAGUACCUCAAUAUCUGUGGGUCCUAUACUAACUCCAAUAUGGGAGACAGAUUAAAUAGUGCUAGUGCUAAAUAAGUGUAUUAUUACAAUCUGUUGUCAGAGCAUUGUGUUUGUGUAUGUAUGUGUGUGUGUGUGUAUGUGUGUGUGUGUGUGUGUGUGUGUGUGUGUGUAUAUAUAUAUAUAUAUAUAUAUAUAUAUAUAUAAAUGUAUGUAUAUAUAAUGUAUGUAUAUAUAUAUAAUGUAUGUAUAUAUAAUGUAUGUGUAUAUAUAUAUAAUAUAUUGCAAAAUAAAUGUAAUAAACGCAUUUUAAAAAUGCUGUGUCAAAACUAAACAAUUAAAGUGAUUGUGCUUUGAAGUAUAUACUCGCAAUACAUAUGUCUGCUCUAUGAAAAUAAUAAAGUGACAUUACCAUCCAAACCCUCCUCAAUUAUAUAUAUAUACCUGUGGUCACCUCCAGAGGGACCUCUGAAGCUGGGGGGCUGGGUGGGGCACUUAACACCAAAGGGAAUCUAGUCUGGAUUCCAAACUUGCAUAGUAAAGAUAAAAAGGAAUUGGGGGCACACCCAAAAUAUGAAUUCUGCAGGAAUGAUGCUGCCAUAGUGACCAAAAGUUAUACAUAAUACACCUUUUUGUUACACUAUUUAAUUUGUCUCCCACAUUUGAAUUAGUGUAGGACCACCUGGCACCCUGACUGGGUACCUUUUGUCAAGCUCGCUUCCUAGCUCUCCUCUGGGACACAUCCCCUAACCGCAGCAGCUUGGUUGGGGUCUCUCCGUCGCUUCCCACCCUGUAACAGGGUCCUGGGUACAGCUUCAAGUGAUUAAGCUCUCCUGCGUUGAAUAUAUCCACCCAAACACUAGCCCAGACUGAGUGAAGGGUGAAAUAGAACUGUUUUUUUUUUGUUUUUCAUUUUUUUAUUUUUAUGGCCAAGUUGCCUGCAUAUAUACACAACUCCCAGCAGGAGUCUCCACACAAUACAAUGCAAGCCCCUCCCAUAAAUCUCUGUGCCUGAGAGAUAAUUGCGUUAAAGAUCAGUAAGCUAAUUAUCUCCCAUGAACAGCGAGGCAAACAUUAAAAAUAUAAAACAUAAAAAAUACCCGAAAACAUCAUAAAAAUAUAUCAUAACCCCACAAAUAAUACAUCCCCAAAUAGCCCUGAUCUGAGCUCCCAAGUUCUCCAAAUAGAGCUCAGAUCCAUAGUGUAGGGGAAACUCCACCCUGUUAAAUUUCUGACCGGCCGCAUCCGAAAUAUAGGGUACUCCAGCUGCCUCUUGGGUAGCGUUUGUUCCCCCUAGUCUCAAGCAUGUUUCCCCCAAAAAGCAAUCUCCUUACGGAUUUCAAAGUGGUUUAAAACCUCGAACCAGGUUGGCCAGGAACUGCGCAGUCACCUCAUACCAAAAACAUUUCAAUAACAUUUGUGGCGAAGUCCCGCUGAGGUGACUGGGAACCUAUGAAGUCCUCAUGCCGAAAUUAGUUCCAUAGUGAUGGCGGCUAUGUCCUGCUGAGGACUAUUCGUGGGUUUGGUUUGGUAUACUCUAAUUUAGAUGCACAAGUCGGUACACAUUACUGUUGUGAAGUUCUACUAUACAAUACCUCUCAACAUUUUGAGGUUAGAAGUCGAGAUUGGGGAAUAUGUCAGUGUACUGCAUGGAAAUGGGCAAAAUCAGCUGCAUCUGGUAAAGAGGAGGGAGUGGUAAUGGUAGCUUAGUGUGAACGUGCAACAUAAGCACAUCUAACAAGGCUACAUGCUAGACUUGUUCUCUGGAAUUCUUGAGUUUGGCAUACUAGCAUGGGCGUCCCAUGGAACUUUUCUGGGCAGAGUUGGGGGGGGGGCAUAAUUGUAAUUACAUCCAUGCUUGGUCCCUUUGUGACCGUGCCAUGAAAGGGAAGAGGCAUAGUCAUUAUCACAUAAAGCCAGGGUGAAUAGCAUUUUCACAACUAUGGUAUCAGGAAUACAUGUUUGAAUUCCUGACACUAUAGUGUUCCUCUAAGCAAAUUAAAAGAACAUUCUGGUCACCAUAACCACUUCAUCUAAAUAAAAAUGCUAUGAUGCCAGGAAGCCCCUGUGGCGAAACCGACCUCGCCACUGGGCAUUGGAGAAGACUGAUUGCCAGCCUCCUGCCAUGUGACUAUGGCCCCUGGGAUGUAUUGCCCUUUAAAGACAUGAUUUGGGCAUAAUGGAUUUGUGUUGUGCUGUUGAUGUCCCUUUAAGAACCAUCUGGGGAUAUACUGUGGAGUUACUGGGUGGCCACCAUUUCAUGUAUCAGAGGCACAUGGUGAGAACAAUGGAUGAAGCACAUGGUGAUAACAAUGGAUGGCGGGCAUUUUAACUCACAGACACUGUUUGGACUUUCCUACAUGGUGCCAUCUCGCCGGUAUUUAUGGGGUUAUUGCAUGUUUUGGGGUCCCUGUGAUAUGUUUUAUAAUACUGUAUUUCUCUGCCUGUGAUAAUUAUAUUAACCAUUGUGUUCAGUAAUCAUAUCACAGGCAGAGGGGAGGAUUUUGUGUGGGACUGUCUGUGUGUAUUGUACGGAUUGAUUGGUUGUAUUUCAAAACCCUGUGGGCUGUACUAUGUUUGUGGAUUGUGAAUAAAAGAGGCUGUAUGUGCCAGUACAGUCAGUUCUGCUUGACCUCAAAACGAAGUGUCGUCUCGUUAUUGGGGGAAUUGUAAGCUGAUUGUAUGCUUUUCCUGUUCAGCUGCUUACAGCAUUCAUAUGCUUGAGAGCAUUCGUAUGCGUCUCCGGUUCGGUGGUUGUGGUGUCUGCUGCAGUGCUUGGAGUCCUCAGGAAGCGCUAGGAGCACCCUCAACGGAGUUACCCAGUCGGGGUGCCAGGUGAUCCGUUACAGCCCCUGUGUUUUCUCUUUUCUUUAAGGGGUUAAACUGCUCUCAAAUGGUUUAACCCCCAAAGGCUUCCUCUAGCUCCAGAUCGCUCAGUGGUAUUCGGCUUCUGAAACGGAGUGUCAGGAAGUGCAGAUUGACAUCAAGCACGGGUGCUGCAGAUUGGCUAGAGUGGUCAGUUGAUGCUCUAAGCCAAUCGCUAGUUCCCGGGUUCAUAAAAAUAUUUAACUUUUUUAUGAAUUGGGAGCUACUGAUUGGCUUAGUGCCAGCUGACCGCUCUAGCCAAUCAGCGGCACUCUGUGCUUCCUGACACUCAGUAAAUAAAAGUGAACACAUUAACACUAUUUUCCAAAGUUUCCCUGCCAGGCCCAGGUACCAAAGCCUUAUGAUGUGGUAUCCAGAAUAAAGUGGUUCCCUUCACUUGUCCUUCCUGCUCCAAUCUCCUUUUCUUCUCCUUCAUUGACAGUCUUCUUUUUCUUCUGACCCUAUAUUCUCUCCUCCUUGGCUCCUUUACCUUUCUGCUACUUUCUGCUUAUUUUGCGCUAAUUCUGCUCCUUUCUCUUUCUGGUCCAUUUCUACUUCUUGCAGACCCUUUCUGCUCCUUCUGAUUCUUUCUGCUCCUUCUGUCCAUUUCUGCUCUUUGCAGACCCUUCCUUCUCCUUGCAGACCCUUCAUGCUAAUUUCUGCUCCUUCUCCUACUUUGUUUGUGCUCCUUCCGCCCCUUCAAGCUCAUUGCUGACCCUUUCUGCUCCUUGAUGUCCCUUCCUGCUCAUUUCUGUUACUUCUCCUACUUUACCUUUGUGCUCCUUCUGUCCCUUCCUGCUCAUUGCUGCCCUUUCCAGCUCCUUGCUGACCCUUUCUGCUCCUUCUACUUUACCGUUGUGCUGUUUUACCUUCCAGCUCCUUGCAGACCCUCUCAGCUCCUUGCUGCCCCUUCCUGUUCAUUUCUGUUCCUUCUCCUUUCUACUCCUUCUCUUACUUUACCUUCAUGUUCCUUGCUGACCCUUCCUGUAGGCUGCCCCCCCAUCCCUCACUUACCUGAUCUAUAGGCUGCCUCCCAUCAUCCCUCACUUACCUGAUCUGUAGGUGGAUCCCCCCAUCUCUCACUCGUCUGUUUGCUGCACCCCACCAUCUCUCACUUACCUGAUCUGUAGGCUUUCUCCCCCUCACCAUCCCUCAUUUAACUGAUCUAUAGGCUCCCCCAUCCCUCACUUACCUGAUCUAUAGUCUGUCUCUCCCCUCCCCCCUUCCUCACUUUCCUGAUCUGUAGGCUACCCCCCCAUGCCUCACUUCCCUGAUCUGUAGGCUGUCUCUCCCCUCCCCCCUCACUUCCCUGAUCUGUAGGCUACCACCACCCCAUGCCUCACUUACCUGAUCUGUAGGCUGGCUCUGCAGUCUGGGAGUUGCUGGCUGCACUCUGUGCUGCUCCCAUGCGGAUUCAGUCAGGAGAAAGAAGCAGGGAUAAGAUGUAGCUUCCUAUCCCUGUCUCUAUCUCCAUAGACAGGCACCAGUAUUGCAGUGUAUUUUCAAUCUCACACAAAAAAUAGAACAAGCUGAAAAAUCCAGGAGGGGGGAGGGGCCUCCUAUAAGAGGUGGCUCCUAUAAGAAAAUAUACUAUGUGUAUUGGGUAACUUUACCUCAUUAGAAUAGAAAAUCAACUUACAAGGUAUGUUAUAAAAGUUUUUUGUAUUAUGAAUUUAACCUAAAUACCUAGCUUUGGUCAUGUUACGGUACCUCCAGUAAUGAAAUGUACAAACCGCCAUUUAGCGAGUAUUCCCCGUUCGCAAUAAUGUGGUCGGGUAGCGGGUAUAGUAAAACCAUGCGAACCGCCAGCCAGGGAACACUCCAAACUCCCGAACGGUACCUGUACGGCUAAUUCCCUUCACGAGCUGCAAAUCCACGAACGGCAAAUAGUAACCGAACGUCAAUAUCUCCCAAGCGGCAAAUAAUCCAAAUAAGCAGUCUUUAGUCGCUGGUAACCAAAUCCCCCCCCAAUAACGAGACCAAGCUCCGCUUUGAGGGUAAAACACGAACUGAUUUACUGUGGGCUACCUGCCCGGUAUUUAUGCAGGUCUCCCACUUGGUGGACAUUCCUCUAGGGGACCAAAUGGGAGACUGAAAUCACAGAAGGACAUGGGGACAUUUUGGACAUACAUCCCCACAAUACUCCCAGCAUGCAGUACAGUUCCCUCCCCUCUGCUCGGGGGAUAAUUGGGAAGUAACUCAAUUAUCUCCCUGAGCAGAGGCAAUCGCCAUUUUAAACACAAGUCACAAAAACACAUGAAAAUCCAUAACUUCAUAACUGCCGAACAUAUUACAUUCGUAUUGCAUAUCCCCAGAUAGCCUGGAUCUGAGUGCACAUUAUUGGAGAAUAGCGCUCAGAUCCCAUUCGCACAGUUCAAUCGCCAUGGAGUCAAAGUCUCUUUCAGUUCUUCGGUAUGCGAUUGACUCCAUGGGACGGCUAUCUGGGUUAAGUCCAUUCGUGUGGUUGAAUCUCCCGAACGGCUGGCAUUCGUAUACUUUUGUCGAUUGAGAAGGGGAGGUCGACGGCUUCAGCGGUGUUCGGCUGAAAAAGUGUCCGUUUUCAGAUCCAUGAAAUAAUCGAACACCGCUGGUCGUUCGCAUGGACAAAAUGGCCGCCGCCUCGUGGUCGACAUACGAACGACGACCACCCGGCAUUCGGUUUUAAUUGAGAAGUGUCUGUGGUUAACCGCAACGUUCUAAUUGGGAUCAAUAGGUUAACCAGCAGCACACUUCUCUUCUGGGUGGCUGUCCGUUCGGUAGUUCCGUUCGACAAAACCGACAUUCCCUUGAAUAAAGCAUACAAAUGGGGAAAUUCAUGUAACCGGCAAAACAGGCGAACAAAGCAGUUGUAAUCCAGACAGAUGGGUCUGUCACAUGGCUCCCCCCUUGUGGAACACUCCGGCAGAUCCGGCUUGACCCUUUGGCGGGUCAACUUGGGGAUGACCGGACUGGGAAGAAGUAGGGACGUCUGUUUGCCGGGACAACCCAUCCGCGUUCCCAUUCUGCUUACCGGGUCGGUAGCUGAUGGUGAAGUUGUAAGGCUGUAGUGCCAAACUCCACCUCAGCAGUCUGCCAUUGUCUCCUGAGACCCGGUUAAGCCAGACAAGGGGGUUAUGGUCCGUAAUAAGGGAGAAUUCUUGUCCGUAUAAAUAAGGGCUCAAUUUCUUCAGUGCCCAGACCAGGGCUAAACACUCUUUCUCCACUGCCGCAUAACUUACUUCCCGGGGUAGUAACUUUCUGCUUAAGUAUGCGACAGGGUGCUCUCCUCCAUCUUCCCCGACCUGGCUUAGCACAGCCCCCAGUCCAUACAUGGAAGCAUCUGUAUGUACAAGAAAACGUUUGUUAGGGACUGGGGCAGCCAGGACAGGAGCAUUAACAAGAGCCUGCUUAAGUGCUUGAAACGCGGCUUCACAAGCUGGAGACCACAGGACCUGCUUAGGCAAAUUCUUCUUAGUCAGGUCAGUCAAGGGCUUAGCAACCGUACUGUAGUCAGGGACAAAACGUCGGUAAUACCCUGCCGUCCCCAAGAAGGCCAGCACUUGGGUCUUAGUGAUAGGUGUGGGCCAGUUAGCCACCGCCUCUACCUUAGCUGGCUCUGGUCUCUGGCUCCCACAGCCUACUCUGUGACCCAAGUACUGUACUUCUGCCAUGCCAUGCACUUGUCUGGCUUCAAGGUAAGGCCUGCGGCCCGAAUCUUGUCCAGCACCCCCCCCACGUGUACUAAAUGGUCUUCCCAGGACUCACUGUAGACCGCAAUGUCAUCCAGGUAUGCACAUGCAAAGUCCUGGAAGCCAUCGAGGAGCCUAUCCACCAUACGCUGGAACGUAGCCGGAGCAUUCUUCAUCCCAAAUGGCAUAACCUUAAACUGGUACAGGCCAAAUGGGGUGACGAAUGCCGACUUAGGGAUAGCAUCCUCGGCCAGGGGGAUCUGCCAAUAACCUUUACAUAGGUCAAUGGUGGUCAAGUAGCGCCCCCUGGCAAUGCGGUCUAAUAACUCGUCUACCCGGGGCAUAGGGUAGGCAUCAGUGGUGGUCCGCUCGUUGAGCCGCCUGUAGUCCACACAGAACCGGGUGGUCCCAUCUUUCUUAGGCACCAGAACUACAGGCGAGGCCCAAGGGCUGUCUGAGUGUUCGAUAACCCCAGCCUGGUCAUCUCCUGUAUCUCCGUCCGCAUUCCUUCUCGGACUGCUUCAGGGCUACGGUAAGGGGGUUGUCGUAGGGGGUUCUGUCCGGGUGUCUCGACCUUGUGUACAGCUAGAGUAGUGUACCCGGGUUCUUGGGAGAACGUCGCCUGCUUCUCCCACAGUAACUGUCUCGCCUGUACCUUCUCCGCCGGGUUUAGCCGGUCCCCCAGCUGUUCAAGACUAGUAAGGUCUGUCUGGGGAUCCCUCUCUAACAAGUCAGGUAAAGGUAGGUUCUCGGAGUCGUCAGUAGCUGGGGCACAUACUGCCGCAACAUCCUCUGGUCGUUCCUGAUACUCCUUCAGCAUGUUCACAUGGAAGGAUCGCUGAAUCCUUUCAUCUGAACAGCUGGCUAUAAGGUAGGUAGUAUCACACACCUGAGCUAACACUUUAUACGGGCCCUGCCAAGAUGCUUGCAUCUUGUUUGUCUUCACAGGCUUGAGUACCAGAACCUUCUGCCCAACCUGGAAGACUCGGGCACCCCGAUCGUACCACCGUUUCUGUCUCCCCUGGGCCGCCUGGAGAUUCUCCCUGACCAUCAGGGAUAGUUUCUCCAUGCGGUCCCGGAGUUCCAGGACAUAUGGCACUAUGGGAGUCCCUUCUUGCUCUGUCUCCCCCUCCCAGUGUCCUCUAAUGAGAUCUAGGGGUCCACGGACCCUUCUCCCAUAGAGUAACUCAAAGGGGGAGAACCCAGUAGAUUCCUGGGGCACCUCCCUGUAUGCAAAUAGCAGAUGAGGCAGGAAUCGCUCCCAAUCUCUGCAAGUGUCAGUAAAGGUCCUCAACAUCUGUUUGAGGGUGCCAUUAAAUCGCUCGCAGAGACCGUUAGUCUGUGGGUGAUAUGGUGAGCUAAGCAGAGGUUUAAUACCGCACACCUUCCACAGCUGCUGGGUAAGCACAGCAGUGAACUGGGUUCCCUGAUCGGAGAGAAUCUCCUGAGGGAACCUGACCCUAGUGAAGAUUUUAACCAGGGCAUCAGCAACCGUCUCUGCCUCUAUAUUAGACAGCGCUACUGCCUCUGGAUAACGUGUGGCAUAGUCCACCACGGUGAGAAUAUACUUCUUACCUGAUGAGCUAGCCCUGGCCAGUGGACCCACAAUGUCAACGGCUAUGCGGGAAAAGGGUUCUCCAAUGAUAGGCAUCGACUGAAGCCUAGCUUUUGGGUGAUCCCCCCGCUUACCUACCCGUUGACAAGUGUCACACGUGCUGCAAUGAACCCGCACAUCUCGGUUAAAAUUGGGCCAGAAGAAAUUUUGUGUGAUCCUAUGAGCUGUGCGGCGGGAACCUAGAUGGCCGGCUAAUGGCACAUCAUGCCCAAUCCGCAGAAUCUCUUGCCGGUAUUUUGCAGGCACCACUAGCUGUCGAUUCUGCGGAGGGGUACUCGGCUUCUGGGACGGUUUCGGGAUCCUGUAUAGUCUAUCCCCCACCCACUCGUAGUGCUCCCCAUCUACUCCUUCUCCCCCAGAAUCGGCCCUGGCCCUGUACUUGGCUAGCGUCGGGUCUUCCCUGGUUUCCUUCCCGUACAUCUCGGGGGUAUCCCAACCUGAAGGGGCCUGGUCUAAGGUACAAGUCAGGGGAGAGAGUCUUACCUGGGUCUCAGCAGCAGGUGGGCCGGUCUCGGCGGCACGGGUCUGGGCACGGGUCGUGACAGCAUCCACUUCAGCAGGACCCAUGGGAGCGUAGGCGGAAACAAGGGGCGCCAAGUCAUUGCCAAGGAGGACAUCCGCUGGUAAGUCCUUCAUGACCCCCACAUUCACAUGUCUAGUGCCUACUCCCCAAUCCAAAUGUACCCGGGCAACGGGCAGACGGAACACGGCACCUCCAGCUACUCGUACGGCGACCGUGUCCCCUGUAUGUUGGGCUUCGGAUACCAGGUGCUUCUAGAGCAAGGUCAUAGUUGCCCUGGUAUCUCGUAGACCACUGACCUCCUUCCCAUUUACUUUCACACACUGCCGGUGAUGCUGUCAGUUAUCCCGGUGAGCAGCCUGAACGGGGUCUGCCUCGUGCAGCAUGCCCCAGCACUCUUCUUCCUCUACACAGUGAGCGGCCUGGGAGGGGAGGUCGUGGAUUGCCGCCGGCUGGUCUCCUCCAGGACUGGUUCUGGUUGGCGCUGUUCAUCGGGCACUCGGGUCACUUGUGCCCUAGUUGCUUGCACAGGUAGCACCGAAUGGGUUGCGUGUAUUCCCGUGCAUUAAACCUAGGUGGCUGUUGGUACGGGGCAGAUGGAGGAGGUGCUGAUGGGCGAGUCAUGGGAGGCUGGUAGAGGUUGGCUGGUGCUGGUGUUGCUGGCCUGUACUCCACUCUGGCGGGAGCCUUACUGAUGAGACUGUCCAGUUUGCGGGCGUCGGUAUACUCAUCCGCCAGGCGAGCUGCUUCGUGCAGAGUGGAGGGUUUACGGUCCCUUACCCACUCUCUGACCCCUGCUGGUAAUUUGUCAAAACAAUGUUCUAAGAGGAACAUCUGCAGCACCUCUUCCCCGGACACAGCCUGGCACCCCGCCAUCCAGUGAGCGGCUGUGCGGUGCACCUUGCAUGCCCAUUCCACAUAUGAGUCCCAGAGGUUUUAACCGUGUCUCGGAACCUCCUCCGGUACGCCUCAGGUGUAACAGCAUACCGGGAGAGUAAAGCUUCCCUGACGGCCCCAUAAUCCCCAAUCUCCUCAUCUGGAAUGGCCCGAAAAGCCUCGCUGGCCCGGCCGGAUAACUUGCCGGACAGUAUAGUAACCCAGUCUUCUAGGGGUACCUUGUGCAGAGCACAUUGCCGCUCAAAAUCAGCAAGGUACCCAUCAAUCUCUCCUUCUGUCUCACUGAAGGCUUUAAAUGCUGUAAAUGGCACCUUUUUCCUAUCUCCCGGGUUUGCUGUGACUGGGGCUGCUGCAGCACCGCUUUGGCGUAGCAGGUUGGCCUCCACAGCGGCUAUGACCUGGGUGACAGUCUCAGUAGUUGGGUUGGGACCAUAAUGGGCCAGCCUGAUUCUUACCGCCCGGUCGAAGCUUGCCUCCUCGGGGGUUCUGUCAGCUGUGCUGGGUCCAUUGGUUCCCUCUUCCGCCGUUACUCCAUCCAUUUCCAGCAAUAGUGCAAUAAUAUCCCUCUUCCUGAGGUUACUGGCUUGUCCGCCUCUUUGUUCCAAUAAAUCCUUUAGGGUAGCUCUUCUCAGGUUCUGGUAUUGUAGUUCCAUUUAAUCCUGGUUGUAGUGGUUUCUUUGGGCGCUGAGGAUCAUCCCGUCGCUUGCCACCAGUUGUUACGGUACCUCCAGUAAUGAAAUGUACAAACCGCCGUUUAGCGAGUAUUCCCUGUUCGCAAUAAUGUGGUCGGGUAGCGGGUAUAGUAAAACCAUGCGAACCGCCAGCCAGGGAACACUCCAAACUCCCGAACGGUACCUGUACGGCUAAUUCCCUUCACGAGCUGCAAAUCCACGAACGGCAAAUAGUAACCGAACGUCAAUAUCUCCCAAGCGGCAAAUAAUCCAAAUAAGCAGUCUUUAGUCGCUGGUAACCAAAUCCCCCCCCAAUAACGAGACCAAGCUCCGCUUUGAGGGUAAAGCACGAACUGAUUUACUGUGGGCUACCUGCCCGGUAUUUAUGCAGGUCUCCCACUUGGUGGACACUCCCCUAGGGGACCAAAUGGGAGACUGAAAUCACAGAAGGACAUGGGGACAUUUUGGACAUACAUCCCCACAAUACUCCCAGCAUGCAGUACAGUUCCCUCCCCUCUGCUCGGGGGAUAAUUGGGAAGUAACUCAAUUAUCUCCCUGAGCAGAGGCAAUCGCCAUUUUAAACACAAGUCACAAAAACACAUGAAAAUUCAUAACUGCCGAACAUAUUACAUUCGUAUUGCAUAUCCCCAGAUAGCCUGGAUCUGAGUGCACAUUAUUGGAGAAUAGCGCUCAGAUCCCAUUCGCAUAGUUCAAUCGCCAUGGAGUCAAAGUCUCUUUCAGUUCUUCGGUAUGCGAUUGACUCCAUGGGACGGCUAUCUGGGUUAAGUCCAUUCGUGUGGUUGAAUCUCCCGAACGGCUGGCAUUCGUAUACUUUUGUCGAUUGAGAAGGGGAGGUCGACGGCUUCAGCGGUGUUCGGCUGAAAAAGUGUCCGUUUUCAGAUCCAUGAAAUAAUCGUCGAACACCGCUGGUCGUUCGCAUGGACAAAAUGGCCGCCGCCUCGUGGUCGACAUACGAACGACGACCACCCGGCAUUCGGUUUUAAUUGAGAAGUGUCUGUGGUUAACCGCAACGUUCUAAUUGGGAUCAAUAGGUUAACCAGCAGCACACUUCUCUUCUGGGUGGCCGUCCGUUCGGUAGUUCCGUUCGACAAAACCGACAUUCCCUUGAAUAAAGCAUACGAAUGGGGAAAUUCAUGUAACCGAGAAAACAGGCGAACAAAGCAGUUGUAAUCCAGACAGAUGGGUCUGUCACAGGUCAUAUCUGUGUUUAUCCUAUAUCCCUGUGUACAGAGCGGGUCUGUUGAAUGUUUCACUAAAAUAUUUUUGUAAUUAACAAAGUCUCUUUGCUGGGGUAAUUCACUAAGCUCCUAAAAUCGCAAUAUUGCCAUUCAGGUAUUCUCUAAAGAUAACACUGCCUGCCCUAAAUCUUUUUGCUAAAAAAACCCCAAAAGAAAAUGUCAGAAUUCUUUAUAAAAAAAUAAUUAUAUUUAACAUAAAUCCAUUUUAUUAUAAACCUAGCUGUAUCCAGAUUUACUCCCCCUUAAAACUUGUGGGGGACAUAUUUAGAGAUGUUCCCAGUCUGCAUGCAGAGGGAGUAAUAAGGUAGAAUCCACAGCUAACUGUACAACCAGCCAGUGAUAAAGAGUUAAAUAAAUAGAACAUUUUGGGGGGGAAUCCCCAGCACCAGAAGUAAAUCUAUUAUGUUUGUGCUCAAGACUUUUUUUAAUAAGAAAGGGUUUUAUGGAUAUUGCAAUGGUGACUAUAUGUAUUGAACUAAACAUGACCCUGACAUAAUCGGGGAGUUCCUUAACCACAACUGGGCGUCCUAUGUGGAAUAAAUAAUACUCAAUAAAAUUGGAGUACCAGAGAUUUUCCUUUUGAAUGAGUCACCAUGGGAUUAUUAAGCAAUAUUCUUCUUAGAUUUUUCCAUCUCAUAUUAAUAUCUAAAUAUUCAUAGGUCUGGUUUGUUUUGUUAUAGUAACAUUAUAUACCUCUGCUAGACAACGCAUGCCUGCAUUUGGAAUCAUUUAUCUGAAAUGAAAAGGUAAUAAUGGAAUACGUAUUUCCUUUAUUUUUUUGCCCCCUUUUCUUUACUAGACUGUGCCCACUCAUGCACAUUAGACAUGUGCAAUUCAUUUCAGUCAGAAUGUGAAUUGGGACGAAUUUUGGGCAAUUCAGACAUUCAGGUAGUUCUGAAGUUCCGAUAUACUUACCCAGUGGAAGAAUGAAGAAUGUUACACUGUAUAAAAUUUUAAAUAAAAAGUAUACAAACAUAGCCAGUAUUCAGCUGUAAGCAUUCGCAACACUUACAACAAUCAAGUAACAUACAUUCAUAUAAAAUGUAAGUUACUUAGCCAGUCAGUGUAAUGACAGGAAUGAAUAAGUAGAUAACUCCCUAAUUCCCACAGUAUUCGGGAGCUAUCUACUAAAAGGCUGAAAGACAUAAAUUGGUCUUUCAGCCAAAUUUACUAAUACUAACUAAAAAAUUAACCCCUACCUACCCCCCUCACGCUAAAAAUAAUGAGGUGGGGACCUUUAACUAAGUACCUGUAAAAAAUAAAUAAAUAAAAUAAAUAAAAAUUCCCAUUUGAUGUCUUUCUUCUAAAAUCUUUUUUUCAGCCCCAAAAAAGGCCAAAUAAUAAAUCCAUAAUAACCGACGCACUUAAAAAAAAAAAAAAAAAAGGCUGCUCACUGUUUAAUAGACAUGCCCCUACUCACGGUAUAGCAAGUAGGGGCAAAAUGCACUAAUACUAAGUAAUUUUUACUUGGUAUUAGUAAAUUUGGCUGAAAGACCAAUUUAGGUCUUUCAGCCUUUUGGUAGAUAGCUCCCUAAUACCGUGGGAAUUAGGGAGUUAUCUACUAAGCGGCUGCAUGAGAAGUCCCGAAUUUUGGAAUGCCGUACUGAACCGAAAAUUUUCCCAUGCACAUGAUAUAGAUAACUAUUGUGCAUGAUCCACUAAAUUGAGCUCACAAGAUAGCGACAUUGUGUGUAGCAGGGCCAGCUCUCCAGUAAGCUCCUAACUCACUGCCUGCCUUGGCCUGCUCCGGCUCCUGGCUGGAUUCCAACAAGGUGGAAAAGUCAGCAACUCAACCAGCGCUGUUGUAGUUAUAGUGCCAGUAAUGCCCUGGCUCACUUUUCCUCCAUUGUAAUAGUUAAACAGUUUAAGAAUCUUUUGACUUAUCUGCAGUCCUUCAGCUGCUGUGUUCUCUACAUUUCAGUGAGAACCGAAAGCUCCUGCUCGGGCACCUCUGUUAGCUUUGUUGAGCAAUCAACCGAUGCUCUCAGCCAAUGAGCUCGCCCUCAGAAGAGUUAAUGGACGCUCCUGCUUACAAGCCUUCACUCUCCUUCAGAAAUAAUAGAUGUGGAGAGCAACAAUGGACCCCUAGUGUGACUCAUUCUAAAAUGAUUUGACUACUUGCAAUAGAGAGUUGCCAGCGCAUUCCUUGCACCAGAACUACAAACAGUGCACUGUAGUGGUUAUGGUGGUUUGAGAGUUUCUUUUAAGCUUUGUUACUUUGUUCUUUAGUGAAGUGAUAGUUAUGUGACCAUUUUGGAAUGCUAAGAAUUACUUGAAUCUAGUUUGACAAUUAUAGUCUGUUUUAGGAUCAAAAUAUGAUAUCCCCUUUCAACAAGAGAAGAGUCAGAUGCAGACAUGUUUGAGAUUUUUCUAAUUCUCCACUCUUUUUUUUUUUUUUUUUUACAAGAUGGAACCUUAAUAAAGGAAUGCUAAAGUGUUGGGAAUAGAAGCAUAUUCGUAAUUUUUCGUGGUGAGGGUUUAAAAGAUCUUUUACAUACUUGGUUUUGCCACUAUUGCUCUGCCUCCUCAGCUGAGAUCAGACCCGGAAAAAAGGUGUGCCCACCCACUGAAGACGUGUGAUAGUCUGGUGCUACUGAAGCACUCUCUAAAUGUCCUUGUUUUGGGGGGCAAUUGGAUUGAUGUCUUAUAACCCUUUUGCCCCCCUCCUAGUUUAAAUACAUCUUAGCAAAACCUCUGAACUGCUCACUGAGAACAUUUGUUCCCUUUUGAGAAAGAUGCAAACCAUUUUUUUGGUACCGUUUAUGUCCAUUUCAAACAGAGCUACCAUGAGAAAUGAAGCCAAAUCCUUGCUCCCGACACCAUUCACCAAGCCACAAGUUUAAGUCCCUAAUAUGCAUCCGCCUGUCGUUCUGAGUGUUAUGCACAGGUAGAACUUCAGAGAAUGACCGUGUCGUGCCGUAUAUCAGCAAAAACACAAAAAACUUCCUUUACCUCUGAAACCUCAUUGCAAGCCAAGUCAUUAGUCCCUAGAUGGACAAGUAAAUCCAAUUCCCUUUCCUGCUUUGCUCGCUUAACAAUAUUACAAAUACGUCUCCUGUCUCUGUGAGCAGUAGCUCCGGGAAGACCUCUCACAAGUCCACCAUUGUCCAGCUCCACACCUCUUUUAUAAUAGAAUCCCCCAACAACAACUGCUUUCUAUUAGGCCUCACCAUAGUCUCCAAGCCUGUCUCCAUAAUACCACUACACUCGGUGCCUGAACCUGUCUCCACAACACCUCUACCCUCAGUGCCUGACCUUGUCUCCAUAACACCACUACACUUGGUGCCUGAGCCUGUUUCCACAACAACUCUACCCUCAGUGCAGGCCCGGACUGGCCAUCGGGCAUACCGGUCAAAUGCCUGGUGGGCCGCGGUGGCCAUGGGCCGAGGCUGGCAGGGGAGGUCCCAGGAUUUCCCCUGCCGGUCUAUGCAGGGCCGGCACUAUCCGAGCGCCGGCACGGCUGUAUUCCAAAGAUCUCCCUCACCGUCCCCCUUGUGAUAGACCUGCGGCUGGGGAGGGAGAGGACCCGGCAGAGCUCUAUCUUGCAGCUCCGCCAGGUUCAUCUCAUGAGAUCCUACUUAUUGUUUUUUUAUUUUAUUUUUUUUGCCCCCCAACACACAAUCCCUUCUAAUAUUCACACACAGCACUCUCACACCCAUCACACACAGCACUCUCUCACACAGCCCCCACACCACACACAGCACCCCUCAAACACAGCAUCCAUCACACACAUAGUGCACCCUUCACAGACACACUGCACCCCUCACACAUACACACUACACCAAACACACACACAAUACUUCAGAACAUAUUUAUAUUAUAUACACACACACUACAGCACUCCUAAACACAUUACGUUCCAGACACACACUAGAUCCCUUACCCAACUCUGGAUCAUAUACACACACUAUAUCCCUUUAUACACUCUGAAUCCGUUAUAUACACACACACUCACUAGAUCUCCUACACAUUCUGGGUCCUUAAAACACACACUAGACUCCUGUAUACACACACACACACACACACACACACACACACUACAUUCCUAAAAUACACACUCUGGACCCUUAUAAACACACUAGAUUUAUUGUAAACAAACACAUACUACACCCCUAAACACACACUCUCUACAACCCCUACAAACACUACAUCACAUAUAUAUAUAAUAUACACACUAUAGCCUGUAUGCACACAUUCUCUACUGCCUCUAGCCACAUAUGCAUUACAUUACACCAAAAACACAACACGACUAAAACCGACCUUAUUACACAAUACCACACCACAAUCAGCUCACUCUACACAAACGCAAUCCCACAAGCAGGCUCCAAACACAUGCACAAUACUCUUUGAAGGAUCUGGGAUCUCUGCUUCUUAUACAUAGGGACUUGCUAGUAGUUUAGUUCUGGACUGGGUGGUAUCAGUCUGAUGUGUAAAAGUGAAUUAAACCUUCCUGAGACCAGAUUGGUGCUAAUUUAAGGGAAAUAAAUUACAUGAUGUAGCUAUUUCAUGAUGUUAAAUCAUGAUUUUAUGAAAGACACAGAGGAGAGUAAUGCUUAACCCUUUCUUUACUGUCCACCAAUAGCAGCAAAGAACACAAAUAGAAAAAAUAUAACAUAUACAGUGAGACACCACCAAUCCACAUUCAAGUCCCAGUAUAACCGCAAGCACCGCCUCUAAACAUCCCUCUUUCUUUGAAGAUGCGACACAUCACAAGGAGAGACCAAAAACAGGAACAAAAUAAAAAUCCCAACAUUCGGAAAACACAGUAACAAAGUCCAGUGAAUGUCAGUCCAUGGAACUUCUCAACCUGAAACAAACUUCAAUAUGAUAACGGAAUCCAGCCAUCUUAAACAAAAACCAACCGGGAAGAAGUGAGGACCAUCGAGCAACACCGAAUCAAGCUGUGAAAACUCAAAGAACAGGAGCCCAACGGUUAAAUCUGUACUAAAACCAAAUUGCAAUUGCCAAAUAAACAUGAACCCCGCAUGCAUCAGGUCAUAUUACAAAUAGUGCAAAACCCACAGUGCAUAAACAUGAAAAUCAAAAAUCAAACCAGUACACUUGAACAGAAAAAAACACUAAAUACAGUGCAUAGAACAUAACACCUACUGUACCCUGGAAUCUCUAUAUGAGAGAACAGCAGGGAUGGAUAAACAAGUUAAACUAACUCCUAAGAGUGGGACAAGACUCGCAUCUGUGUCUUUCAUAAAAUUAUGACUAUCGUCAUGAAAUGGCAAAUUCCUGUAAUUUUACGUCAAGACAUUGAGGCUCAUAUUGCAAGUUUAAAGCUGACCAGCAACCACAGAAACAAAAACGUGAGGGAAUGGAAAAAUUUCGAUUUCGAGUCCACCAUUCUCAUCGCGUCUUCCAGACGUGCACCUGAAGUCACAAUAGAAGUGGCUGAUGCCCCUGGGAAAAGUGGGCGCCAAAAUCUGACGUGUCCACACAGGCCUGCAACAUCACCCACUUCACCCAUCGAGCAAAGGUAGUACUGGACAUUGGAGAAAAUGGAUGGCGAAGUGAAAUAAAAAGUUGCGGUGAUGAUAUAGAACGAUGCGCACUAGUCCGAAGUUCAUAUUCGUGCAAUCAAGCAACAGGAUACAAUAUCAGCGAAGCUGUUAAAGUCUGAUACGAUACCAAACAAAUAGCAGUCUUUGUAUGCUUGGAGAUGUUAAAGGUCAUCCCGUCCGGUGUUAAAGACCGCACAUCAUAGUCCCGAGCGUGAACGUCCGAAACCCUCUUGCCAUAAAUGAGGUAGAAGAGGGAGACCAACUUGGCCGACAAUUGCGGCAAGGUUAGGUCUGUGUAAGGAGGCCAGGAACCAAAGAGAGAUAACACACAGGAGAUAUCCCAAGUGGAGUAGUAAUGAGGUCUAGGUGGGUAUGACAGUAGAGAUCCCCAAAGCAACCGACACACCAAGGAAUGUUGGCCCGCGGGGCAACUGUCAAAACCUUCAUGAGCUGAAGAAAUGGCCGACCUGUACCAAUUAAUCAUGCGAUACGCACGGACAGCCUCAAAUAAUGAUGUAAGGAAUUGAAGGAUUUCAGUCACAGGUGUUGAAACGAGAUCCACGUCCCUAGCCAAGCACCAGCCAGUCAAAGCUCGCCAAGCUGUCUCAUAUGACCGUCUAGUACCGGGAGCCCAUGCAACUGCCAGGAGGCGUCGUGUUGCUUCUGAAACCCCCAGGACAUCCCAGGGACCCCGGAAAUCCACCACGCAAGUAGCAGGAGGGAUCCGUCAAGCAGAAGUGGAUGCCGCAGACCCAUCAGAUCUAGAAGAAGGAGAUCCAGGCAAGACUGCAACAGCCUGGGAAAAUCCAUGGCAAGCUCCAGCAGCUGCGGUAACCAGGACAAAACAGAGCCAGCAGGAUCAAUUUGGCCUGUUGGCAGUGAACCUGGAAGAGGACCCGAGGGAGCAUGACAAAUGGAAGAAAAGCGUAGUGGAGCGAGCCGCUCUAGUCCUGCAGGAAAGCGUCCACUGCUUACGCAGCUGGGCUCAGGCACCAGCUGUAGAACCGUGGCAAUUGGGUGUUGAGUGGGAUGCAAAAAGGUAGAUGGGGAAAAAAGGUCCCCAAAGAGAUGAGAUAGUGAACAACACCCUCACGUCCAAUCUCCAGUCACCGCUGUCUGACAUAUAGAGUGAACUCCAGUCCGCGUUAGUGUUGUGAAGAGCCGGAAAGGUAUUCCGCCUGGUCCACAGAGUCCUUGGCCAAGCAAUACGCCCAAAAGUAAUUAGCUUGACAAGCCAGAAGCGCUGACUGGGUGCCACCCAUGUGAUUGACGUAUAGGACUGCCAAGAUGUUGUCCAUGCGCAGAGGAACUGGCCAGAAGAUCCACAGCAUUGAUGUGGAGACGGGCCUUGUCCUCUGACCAACGUUCGCCUGUAGUCACGUUGUUGCAGUGGGCACCCCAGCUGUGGAGACUCGCGUCCGAGUCCACAGUGAACUAAGAUUGUGAACCAAAGCAGAGAGUUUGUGGAUCCAUCAAUUCAAUUUGUCCCGCAUCUUGUUCUCCAGCUUGGAUAGAGAAUGCCAGCAGGAAUUGUCGCCAGAUGGUGUAGCGUGAUCUGCGGGCAUGACAGCGUGCGACGCAACUCCUUGUGGAUGGUCCGAAUAUUGGACGUUGGAAGGCUCUGCAAUUCCGCUCCUGAGUCCACAGUGAAACCAAGGAACUCCAUGCAUCUUGAAGGAGUCAGAAAGGACUUCUCCCAGUUGAGGAGGAAACUUUGGCAAGAGAGGAGGUCUAUAGUCCAUUGCAGGUGCAGUAGAAGGAUGGAGCGAUUCUGUGCCAUGUAUAUCAUCCAGGUAGACAGUCAGACGCACCCCCCGACUGCAUAACCAGGCCAUGGCCGGGCGCAGCAGUUUUGUGAAGCACCAUGGGGCCGAGGAGAGACCAAAAGGAAGACAUGUAAAACGCCAAGUUUUGUGCUUCCAAAGAAAAUGCAAUAAGUCCCUGGACAUCUGGGCCACUGAGACCAUCAAGUCUGCAUCCUUCAGAUCCAGUUUUGCCAUCCAGUCGUUGUGAAGGAGCAGGUCCCGCAGAAGGUAGGUGCCUUCCAUCUUGAAGUGGGGGUAGUGCACCAAGGUGUUCAGGGGAUGUAGAUUGAUAAUGGGGCGCAUCUGGCCACCUUUCUUUUCAACCAAGAAAAUGAUGCUGAGGACCUGGGCAGGGGAUGUGGGUGCCAGUUCUAUUGCCCUCUUCCCGUGAAGGGCCGACAAUUCCACGUCUAUUAACCCGCGAUCUCAUAGGGAGAAUGAGAUUGGGCGAGAUGGAGGAAUGUGGCAAGGCAUACUGACCAACUCUAUGUGGAAACCCCCGAAUGGUGUCUAGGACCCAAGCACCGGAGGUGAUGGCUGAUCAGGCAGGGAAAAAAAUAGCUUUUGCCCCCUACACAAACCUGAGAUGAAAAAUGAGGUAGAUGUAAGCUAACCGCCAUGGUCUUCCACGUGAAGGUAAGAAGGGAGACUGGUCUCUCGCCUCCUGAUAGGGGGGUCCCUAGGUACAGUAGUAGUUAUGGCUGGGCAGAAGACCUCUGAAUCUGCUGGCCCUGGUAGAGACCUGCCCCUGAAAUACCCUCUUUAUGGAGGAUUGGGCUUUUUCAAGGGUGGUAAAAGCUCCUACAAAAUGCCCCAGGUCUUUGAUAAAUUAGUCCCCUAACAGAAGGCCCUUGGCAUCCUUGCCCACCUCUGUAAGUGCGAGAUUGGCCAAUUUGGGCUCUAUUUAUUUUAGAGAAUGGCCUUGUGCUGUUCUACAGAGAGGGAAGAAUUAACACAAUACUUCCCUUUCUAUAGAAUGCAAUGCCUUCUGCACCCAACCUCAGUUCUUCUGGGUCAACCUGUCUGUUCUCAGCUUUGGUGUCUUCUGCUAGGUCAAAGAGCUUAGCCAAGUGCCCAAAUAUGUCCAGAUGUUUAUCUUGGCAUGACUUAAGUGCCGAAUCCAAACCCAUACGUGGGUUCCAUCCCAAUCUGGUAAGGAACUGGGUCAUUUUAGGGUCAACGACCGGGAUCUCACAGACUUUAUUGGGCACCAAAGGCCGUGGGCAUUCAGUCCUGAGUUUACUCUGGGCUGCCUUGCUGAAGGGGCACCGUACCCAGGUCUCCAGGUAACGUGCCUUGUUCCGCUGGGAGCCACUCGUCCAACCUCGGAUGAUGGAGAUCAUCCGGGUUGAACAUAGGUUCUCCCGAUGGAUCCAGGAAAGUGGAGCCCACGGUAGCUGGGGUAUCACUCAGAGAUCCAUUCACAGCAGCCCCCGACUGAAUGACGGUCAAAAGGUCAAGGUCCUGCUCAAAGGAUUCAUUAUCAGUCACUCGAGGACUUGGUACCAGCCUUGUCACUAGACGCAAUUUCUGAGUCGUUGUCGCUCUCAGUUUGUGCUCUAGCACAUUUCCAUCGCCACGCCCAUUCUGCCUAGCGUGGAAGGGCUAUUCUGUGUGAUUGAGACAUGCUGUCUUGGGUGACCUCAGGUACACAGGUCAUAAUGGUUCUGGAGGCAGAGGGAGUUAAAUACCUGGGUUUGGCAAUACCCUUCUUGGUUGCGCCCUCCGAGGAGUAUGAACUAGAACGCAUUGUUGCACCCGAACUUUCUGCGUCCAGCGGGAGAUGGCCUGAGAGAUUACAUAAUGGCAUUCAAGGCCGGCCUUAGGCCUUUAGGCGCUCUGUGCGAAAAAUCUUCACGUCACCUCCUUCCCCCUCCAGUCAUCCAUGUAUAGUGGGUCUGUGUCUGUGUGGUGUCAAAUCCACCACGUGCACACAGUCGCAGGCAGAAACACACAUACCGUUACAGGCAGAUAAACACACUCACACACAAUUACAGGCAGACAGUCACACACACAGGUACAGACCGUAACAUACAUAGAGCCACACAUACAGUCUUAAACACACCUACUUACAUGCAGACAGUCACAUGGCUGGUGUCUCACUGUAUAUGUUCUAUUUUUCUAUUUGUGUUCUUUGCUGCUAUUGGUGGACAGUAAAGUAAGGGUUAAGCAAUAUGAGCCUUUGUCUUGCAAUAAAAUCAUAUUUUGUUUUUGCAUACACUGUUUUGAGAUGUCAACAAAACCAAAAAGAAAGAUGUGCUGUGUCCUUAACCCCUUAACUAUGCCAUCCUUGAAAGGGUGACUCUAAACGCUGGAGGGCAGGUAUAGUACGUCCAGCCGUCUUCCCGCUGUCCUGGCCCCCCCUUGUCUUACCUGGACAGGCGAUCCCGGUCGGGGAAGGGGGGGGGUGGAGUGAUGUGGCGGGGACAGCCUGAGAGUCCAGCAGUCCCCCUGGAGCAGCUGCGGCCAUUCCGGCUCUUUAGGGCCAUGUGAUCGUGAGUCUAUGGAGUUGCCUGUAGGGGGGACUGCCUGAGCUGUCAGGCAGUCCCCCAGGCUGCUAAAAGUGUAAAAAAAAAAAAAUUUAAAUUUAAAAAAAAAAAAAAAAAUCAAUUAAAUAAUCAAAUAUAUUAAACAUAUAUUAUAUAUGUAUAAUCUAUUAUAAAAUAAUUAGAGCAUUUUAUAAUAUAUUAUACAUAUAUAAUGCAUAUAUAUGAUUUCAUUAUAAUGAAAUCAUAUGCAUUAAAAAUGUAUAAUAUAAAAUGCUUUAAUUAUAUUCUACAUAUAUAGGAAAUACGUGUGUGUGUGUGUGUGUGUGUGUGUGUGUGUGUGUGUGUGUGUGUGUGUGUGUGUAUGUAUAUGUAAAAAAAUAAAUAUUUUUUUACAUUUUUUUUUAUUCUUUAUUUUUGGUGUGCAAAAAGAUACAUACCAUCUUGUCAUGCAACAACAGCACCAACACAGAGUAUAAAACUUAGCUUACAUUUAACAUGGCAUUGCAAACAUAACAUGCACAUUUUUUUUAGAGUGAUUAUAAGUAGGGAGGCAUGUGAAAUCUUAGAUUAAGGUCUACGCUCAUUCGUAGAGAAAAUUAUCUAGACUAGAGAGGAACAAUAGUAAAAGGAAAGUAGCAAGACUGAUGUUGUCAAGUAACUGUCGUUGUGAUUAUCCCCUAGGAGGCCCACCAGGUAGAUAUUAGCAGACUUUCUUAACUUUGGGCCCAAAUACAGUGCAAUGACCAUCUGUACCAUGUAUAUGAAAAAACUGAUUAUCCAAGGCAAAGGUGUAACUAAUAAAAUAAGAAAUAAUAGGCUAAUGGGUGAGGGGAAAAAUUAAUAGCAGAGAGUCCCACCAUGCAAUUUUAUUUAUUUUUAUAUUUGUGUGUGUGUGUGUGUGUAUGUAUAUGUAUGUGUGUAUGUGUAUAUAUAUAUAUAUAUAUAUAUAUAUAUAUAUUUUACAUAUGUAACUAUUAAUUUUACAUAAUUAUUUGAUUUUAUUAAUUAUAAUUUGAGUGACCUGCCUGACAAGCCAGGCAGACAGUCCAGAGAAUUUAAUUGGCAAGCCCUAUAUUUAACCAUGUAAAUUUCCAAAACACCAUAAAACUAGUGAUGUCCCGAACGUUUCGCCGAACAGUUUGCCGCGGACGGCGAACAUAUGCAAGCCUCAGGCAGCGCAGCACUGCUGUAUGGCCGGUGGCCGGAUUUGAGUGACCGGCAGGAGGGAAGCGCAGAGCGCUCCCUCCUGACGUUCUCUCAAUGUAGCGUGGCAUAGCGUCGCGGAACGCGGGGCAGGAACUUCUGUUUCAUGUACCCGUUUGCGUGCGGACUGACAGGAAGUGCUCACCCGGUGAGUGCUUCCCUUCAGUCGGCCGGGUACAGGAAACAGAAGUUCCUGUACUGCGGUUUGCGCCGACUGGCCAAGCUACAUAGGCACGAGGGAAGAGGAGGGUAAGGGGGGGUAAGGACCACUGGGGAGGGCGGGGAGUAAGGACCACUGAGGGAGAGGGGGUAGGGGUAAGGACCACUGACAGAGGAGGGGGGGUAAGGACCACUAAGGGGUUUGGCAGAGGGAGGACCACUAAGGGGGGGGAAGGGCCACCAAAGGGGGGGUAACGAGGGGGGAGGUCCACUAAGGGGUUUGGGAGAGGGAGGACCACUAAGGGGGGAAAGGACCACCAAAGGGGGGUAAGUAGGGAGGACCACUAAGGAGAGGGGAGGAGUAAGGACCACUUGGGGGGGAGGAGAGGAUAAUGACCACUGAGGGGGGGGAGAUUACCACUAAGGGGGUGGGUGGGGAGGUCUACUAAGGGGUUUGGGAGAGGGAGGAUCACCUAGGAGGGUAAGGACCACUAAGAGGGUAGGACCACUAAGGGGGGAGAAAGGAAGGACCACCAAAGGGGGAGAAAGGAGGGGAAGGACCACUAAGUAGAGGGGAGAGGGUAAGGACCACUGGGGGAGAAGGUAAAGACCACUAAGAGGGGGAGAAGGGGGCAAGGACAAAUAAGGGGUUUGGGGGAGGGAGGACCACUAAGGGGGGGGAGUGAGAAGACCACCAAGGGGGUACUGCAGAGGGACAGGAGGCCAAGGGAGAGCACUAAGGGACAGAAGGGGAGAACAUUGAGGGGACAGGAGGGAAGGGGAGACCACUAAUUGACAGGAGGGGAGAGCACUAUGAAAAAAACAAAUAGCUGCUCCCCUCUCAGUCCCUAUCCUACCCCACAAACCCUCUCUUUUACAUUACACACAUACACAGUGCAUCCCACCCACACACACCGAAACAUACAAUGCAUCCCUACUCACACACACAAUGCACCCCUUACAUACACACACUGCAUUCAAUUACAUACAAAGAAACACACAUUGCAUCCCUUACACACACACACAUACACACACAUACAAUGCAUUCCUCAUAUGCAAACACACACUGCAUCACCUAUACACACACAUCUCUUACACAAAUUGGUAUCCCUAUACACUAUAUUCUAUAAGAACACACACAUUACAUUCUCUACAAUAGCACAUAACACAUCCCCUACCCACAUACACUCCACGCCCUGUGAGAGAACUCAUGGUUGGGCCAUGUAGGUGGAUUUAUGGGUGGACAUUGUAGGCAUACUCACGGUCAAGCCCUGGGGGCCCAGACCUUGAGCUGUGUAAGGGGCCCCAAAAAUGGAGCUGAUUCCUGUUCUUUAAUUGUUGUGAGCACUGUUACAAACAGUCUCCAGAGAGCCUCUUCUACACCAGACAUGUGGAGCCAGACUGCAGCCUGAGCCCAUCAUCAUCAUCUUGUCCUCAUCUGGUGGUAUGUAGGCAAUCCAAUAUAUUAUUAGUGGCACUAAUCUCUAAUUUACCUCACAUUAAAUGGAUACAAUAGUCACCAGAAGCACUACAGCAUAAUGUAGUGGUUUUGGUGUCUAUAGCUUGCGACUGUAGGCUUUUUAAUGUAAACACACUGUCUUUUCAGAUAAAAGACACUUUGUGCAGACUGGUGUUGGCCCAUAUGGCAGAGCAUAUGGGCGGGGCAUUGUGAUGUCACAUGAUGGGCAGGACAUAUGGGGGGGCAGUAAAAAUCCUUGCACCUGCCCUGACCAUACGGUCUCAAAGGCAACAUAGGCCCAGCAAACCAACCUUCAAAUUUCAAUGUGAAAACAUGGAAAAGGGGAAAGCCCUACAUUUGACCACCGUAAGUUUUCAAAAAACCAUAAAACCUGUACAUUGGGGGUACUGUUGUACUCAUGAGAUAUUUCUGUAGAAUCCAAUGGUAUUAUGACAUUCACAGUUAAAAUGUCACGCAGAACUUGAAAAAUAAAAUUUCUUUUUUAGAUUGUAUUCAUCUUAAAUUAUGCUUCAUAUAUAAACAUUUGAUAUGAAAUGAAACUCCUGUUUCCCCUGAAUAAAAUUUUAUAUAAUAAGUGUGGGUACACUUAAUAUGAAAGAGGUGCAUUAUGGUUGAACCACAUAUAGCGCAAAUUCCAGAUUUUGUUUUUAUGUUUUGUUUUGAUCACAACUUGUACAAUUGGCUCCAUCCUUUAAGGGUUAAGACAAUAUAAAUAUUUUUCAUAAAAUGCAAUACAAAAUUGUAUUGUGCAAUAUAACAUCCGUGUACAACAGUGAUGUCUUAAAUGAGGUGUAAAACGGUUUGUGCUCACCAUAAAAUAAAAGCGCACUUACAAUAUUUGCAACUCAGUAGUAGUAUUUCUCUCUAACGUUCAAAGUAUUGUUUAUAUUGUAUAUACUUUAAACGUUUGAGAGAAAUAUCUACUAUUGAGUUGCGAAUAUUGUAAGUGCUCUUUUAUUUUAUGGUGAGAAAAAAAAAUGGUUUUACACCUCAUUUAAGACAUCACUGUUUUUUUUUUUUUUAUAUUGUUUAAAAGAAACCGCGCACGUUUUUGUUAUUUUAAGUGUUUUGUGAGCUAUUUGCACUUUUAAGGUUGCAGCUUUUAAUCACACAUGAAGUGGUGUUUAUAUAUUUAUAAAACUUCUAUUGUAGACAUUUGGUUAGCGCCUAUUUUACUUGUGUUUUUUUUUUUUCUGGUACACAUACUGUUUUGAGAUAUGUUGCGUACUUUAAAGUACUUUUUAUGUUUCUUCAUCAUUUAGUUGUUUUAUGUUUCUUUAUAACACUUUUACUUUUUCUUUUAUUCUAGCUUACUUUGCCAACCUGGUAGGAAAAUGCAGAAUUAAAUACAAGGUGAUUCCUCCUGCAGUAACAGGUUCUCCAGAAUUUGAGAGAACCCUCAGAGCACAGUAAGUCCUGGAAAAACUAAAAAAAAAAACUAAAAUACAUUUUUAUUACUAUUCCAUAAACUUCACCUGUGUUUCAAUGUCCAUGAAGUCCCUUAUUUUUCUAGGGGAAAAUCCGUGUUUUUAUUUUAAAUUUUUUUUUUUAAUUUCCUUACCUAGUGUUUCAGUUUACUUUUUCCUUAUUAAAGGAAUACUCAAUUGUUGGUUUUCAACACUUUAUAAAGCUUUGCUACACUGUGAAAUUUGACUCCUAGCUGAAUGGUUGGCUUGCACCAGUGCCCCUCAACCUUUUCUCAUCCAAGACACACCAGAGCUCUCCCCAGAAUCCUGCAUCACACCACAAGCAAACUUUAUAUUUGUGUGUGUGUGUGUGUGUGUGUGUGUGUGUGUGUAUGUAUGUAUGUGUAUAUAUAUAUAUAUAUAUAUAUAUAUAUAUAUAUAUAUAUAUAUAUAUAUACACACACAUAUAUUAGUGUGUGUUUAUAAUGUAUGUAACAAGGUACAUACACAGAACAGUGUCACUUUGCCCCACAGAACAUGGCACAGUAUGUUUGCCCAUUAAAAAAAAAUCCACGCUCAUAUCUCAAGCUGGCUUUAACUCCUCUUGUGAUGUACAAAAGGAACUAGGACCAUUUGCAUAUCAGACCUAUUCUACUUAAAAGGGCGGUAUAGAUUCAAAAUGCAGGCUGUAUCUUUUUGCACAAGAGAUAAAGUAACCCCAGAUAAUCAUUCAGCCUUAUGCCUCGUUAGGGAGGUGUAGCUGAUACCCCUCUAGGCACCGUGAGCAAGUUGGCCAUGUCUGGAUUACGUUUUAAACUUGAAGGAAAAAAAAAAAACACACUUUUUUUUUUUUUUUUUUAAAUGUAAUUUUGGUCUUUUAGUAGAUAGAUAGCUCCCUAAUCUUUGUGGGAUUGCAUUCAUUGCAUUUCAUUUGUCCGAAUGAGAAUUCACAACUAAAUAAUGUCAAUAGCUAUAUAUUCCAACUGGGGGAAAAAAAUUAAAUCGCUGUGUAUUAAAUCAGCACAGAUCAACGUUUUGUUCCUACCAAGUCUUAAUCAAGAUCUCGAUAAAGACCUAGUAGGGUUGAAAUAUUGAUUUAUGCUGAUUUAAUAUAUGGAGGGAUUUAUUAAAAAUCAGAGUGCUGGGGCGUGGCUAACCGCCGAGCUUAAUGGUCGCUUGAACCCGAGCUCCGGCUACUGAGGCCGACAAUCCAUCACAAUCCGACUGCUUAGGACCUGCAAAUUGCCACAAUAUAGGAUGGCACAAACUAAAUCAAAGAAAACUGCUGCAAAAAGCGAAAAAUUAAAUUUUUUUAACAACAGACUACAACCAGAUGCCACGGAGCAGAUGCGGCCCUCGCAAGAUGGCGGCGCCAGCCCGAAUCCGCGAGAUCCACAACAAGACACAGAACUGGCUACACAAACCGACCAACUUACCAAAAGCUACCUGCAAGUAGCGCUUGACAACCUAUCCCAGAAAUUAAUCAUGUCCUGGCAACAUUCCAUGGACUCACUGCGAAGGGAUGUACAAGAGAUAAACAAACGGACAACACACGUCGAGUCCAAAAUGGAUGCUUUUGCUGUAGCACAUAACGAUCUUGCGAGUCACGUAGAGCAUAUGGAGCAACAACUUAAAAUGACUGAAGUGAAACUAGCGGACCUUGAAGAUCGUUCCAGAAGGAACAACCUGCGGCUGCGGGGAGUCCCGGAAUCGAUCGGGCCAGAAGAUUUGCAGGCAUUCGUAAGAGGCCUCGCUAAGGCCUAUGCACCUGAUAUACCGGGGGAGAUGCUGCUUCUGGACCGGGUUCACAGACUCCCAAAACCAAGGUACCUGCCAGAAACUGUGCCAAGAGAUGUACUCACGCGAGUGCAUUAUUACCAUAUAAAGGAGCUAAUACUGCGAUCAAGCAGGAAUAAAUCUGCUCCACAUCCCGACUACCCCUCAGUAAAAAUAUUCGCAGAUCUAUCUGCUACUACACUGAAAAAAAGAAAGGAUCUUUCCCACAUAGCGGACAGCUUAAGAACAAAUGGCAUGAGAUUUCGAUGGGGGUACCCUACAAAAAUGAUCAUCUCCCGAGAGGGCAAACUACAUACUAUCUCCUCACCAGAAGACGGAGUGAAACUCCUACAAACCUGGGGUAUUACGUGCAAAGCAACAGAGAAAGGGGACAUGUCCUCCCGCCGACUACAGGUAGAAUGGAACAAGAUACCAGCACACCGAGCUGACUAAAACCAUUGCUAAAGGGAGAAGAUGACCUGUAAACUAAAUUAACAUACACCACCUAGGCAUUCGAUGUGCCUUAAACCUCUGGAAGGAACCCCAAAAACUCUGACUUUAUACAACAUGACUCAGAACAGUGAAUAUGAUUAAUGGAAACUAUCACCCACGAGACACGACGACAUGGAUACUACAGUGACCUCAAGAACGCCUGGGGCUUCAGACGCAUAAAAGAAUGAUCCCUCCUUGCAAACACAGAGAACAAAUUCACAGAUGAGAUCAGGAAAGCACUGGGACAUUGAAGAACUCAUAGUUGCAGUCUUUGCUUGCUUGAGGGUUCAGGUACCACACGAACAUGUGCACUGACAUAAGGGAUACAACCUCCGUAUCCCAUGAUAUUCAAUUAACCCAGUGCUUACCCUUUGCCCCCACAUAACUACUUUUACAAGGAAAUGCUGUCUGCAGCAUCAUUCCGAAUUUCAUAUAGAUCAUAGCUUAAUACAAUACAAGAUAGGAGUCCUUAGUUAUCCAACAGGGGACAAAAGGGUAAGGCGGGGCGUUUGACAACUGCUAAUUAAUCACUCUGCUCACGGUAUUAGCGACAUGCGAGCAGGCAAUAUCCGGACACUGAAAUGCUCAAAAAAAAAAAAAUACCCCACAUACGAACACAUGUCUAUUACCCCCUAUUAUUGAACACAUCAGUACAAGGUAUAUUGAAGCCGAGAUAGGGAGUACCUGAAUUGUAAAAGUAUAAGCUAUACUGAGCAACCAAUGGAGCUAAAUCUAUUCCCCAUGGUGAUAGAUGCUAAGGGUUACUUGUUAAUUGUCAACUGUAGAAAUGUAUUAAUAUGUUUAGAAUUUUUGCUGCAUCGGGUUAUUGCAGAGUUACCCACGACGGGUAAGAGGUCCCCCCCCAGAGAACACACUAAAACUAACAUGGGUCACCACCCACAGAACCAGGUCCUAUGCUAUAUAUACAGAAUGUUAAGGCCGUUAGCCACCCACACAGAUAUUUUGAUAUCUACCCCCCAUGGCUCCGCAGAUGGGCGCCAUGACCCCUCAUGGGGUAAGUUAUAAUGAACCAAGUUACACCCAUCCCAACCACCCGCAACAUACCUAUCCUUCCCGUACUCCUAGUGCAUAUGACGCUACAAAAGCUCCCCUACUAUGUGACACACACCUACAAAAGCCACUUCUGCUAAACAGGUGGGUUAAGACAAUACAGACAAGACAUCACACAGACUAUACGGAAAUAAGGUCAAGACAACCUGAGUGGCCUGUACGCAACAUCUUCUCAUUCACAAAUGAGUGUGACAAUACAAUCUCAUAAUGUAAGGGGCCUUAACACCCCGCAUAAACGGAGAGUACUUUUAGAAACAGCGAAACGCAAUCAUAUAGAUAUCCUAUGCAUACAAGAGACGCACUUUAAACAUCAUAAAGUCCCAGAUUUUGGCACAAGAGACUUUCCCACCCAAUUUCAUGCGACUCACUCCUCCAAAUCCAGGGGAGUAUCUUUCCUUUUUCAUAAAUCUCUCACGUUUGAACUGUUGCAACUCAAAAGAGACACACAAGGCCGAUAUCUUAUAAUCUAUUGUACUAUUAAUACUAUUAAAUACACAUUAGUAGGGAUCUAUAGCCCAAAUGUUAACCAAAAGAAUUUUUUGCUUAAAGUCCUUAACAAAAUUCCAAUCAGACAAAAAACCUCAAUGCUGGUAUGUGGAGACAUGAAUCAUGUUCUACACCCGGUAGCAGACACAUCUCUCGCCCAGGGCGCCCCCAGGUCAAAACUCCUCGCACAACAAUGCAAAACAUUAAACAAAGCAAUCCUAGAACACAAUCUAUACGAUAUAUGGAGAAUACAACACCCGACUGAAAGAGGUUACUCAUAUUUCUCCCACAUUCACAAAACCCACUCUAGAAUAGACAUGAUUCUCGUUACUGCAGACAUCUUACCAAAAAUGACAAACAGUGAGAUUGGGGACAUAGUGUGGUCUGACCAUGCUCCAGUGUCAGUCAGGUUGCAAACUAACUUUGACCACAAAGGGAAACCCCCGUGGCGAUUAAAUGACGCCCUAAUCAUGCAUAAAGACUUCCGCACUCAACUAAGUCACGACAUGCGUGAAUAUUUCCAAAAUAAUACUUUACCAGAACUGGAACCCACAACCACCUGGCAAGCUCAUAAAGCAGUCGUCAGAGGGAUCUUAAUCAGUAGAGCGGCAUAUAUAAAAAGAACUAAGGAACAAAAAUAUCUGGAUUCAUUAAAAACACUAAGGGACUUACAAAAAGCCCACUACCUAACCCCUACAGCAGACUUGGCUCAGGAUAUAAUAUCUAUCACAAAAAACAUAAAUGAGCUACUCCUAGACGAAACAGCACAUAUGCUACAGAGACUGAAAAUACGCUCUUACACUCAAGGCAAUAGAGCCGGCAAGGCUUUGGCAUCGCUCUUAAGACAGAAACAAGCCCAAACAAAAAUCCCAUACCUACAUAAUAAAGUAGGAAGAAAACUGCAUGAUCCACGGGAGAUCCUAACAGAGAUGGCCAACUUUUACGAAACACUAUACAACAUAAAGCGAGACCCCCAGACAUACCAACCGUCCGUACACGACAUCCAAAACUUCUUAUCUAAUAUCUCUCUGCCUAGCUUAACAGAAGACCAAAAUAAAAGGCUUUGCGACCCUGUCACAUUGUCUGAAAUCCUACAAAUAAUCAAAUCACUUCCCCCAGGCAAAUCACCGGGCCCGGACGGUCUUACUAAUUCUUAUUAUAAAACAUUUAGCCACAUUGUAGGACCACAUUUAGUAGACACAUUUAACCACAUAAUUUCCACGGGCAAGAUGCCACAGGAUAUGCUGAUGGCACAUAUAGUUACCCUGCCGAAGCCAGGCAAGCCCCCAACUAAACCCCAAAACCUACGGCCCAUAUCCCUCUUAAAUACAGAUACCAAAAUCCUAGCCAAACUAUAUGCCACAAGAAUAGCAGAUAUGCUACCUACAAUAAUCAAACAAGAUCAAGUGGGGUUCGUUAAAGGCAGACAAGGGGCCGAAGGCACAAGAAAGCUAUACAAUUUACUUUACACAAAGCAACGGCGGGGAGAACCCAGUGUAUUCCUGUCACUCGACGCUGAAAAAGCGUUUGACAGGUUGCACUGGGGCUUCCUGCAAGAAACACUUCGGAAAUUUAAGUUUCCACAACCAUUUUUAAAUCUAAUAACGGCAUUAUAUUCCAAACCCUCUGCUAGAGUGACAAAUGGAGGUUUCGCAUCACAACCCUUUUUUAUAACCAAUGGGACUAGGCAGGGUUGCCCACUGUCACCACUCCUUUAUAUCAUAGCACUGGAGCCGCUGCUACAGACUAUUAGAGACGAACCACAAAUCACGGGCAUAGCAAGAGGAGGAAGGGAAUACAAACUAACAGCAUUUGCUGAUGAUGUGAUGCUAUCACUGACUAACCCACAACUCUCCAUUCCAACUUUUAAUACUUUACUAAAAGCAUACAGCGACUGUUCAUAUUACAGGCUCAAUGCGACUAAGACACAAGCAAUGAGCCUAUUCACGACACCGGAGACAAACAGUAUCCUACAACAAACCACGGCCUUUGAAUGGAGAAAAGAUUACCUUACUUUCCUUGGUAUAAAAUUCACAACUCACACACACAAAUUGCUCCAAGCCAAUUAUAACACACUUCUCCACUCUAUCAACACCCAACUUAAAGGCUGGGAAAACAAAUAUAUCUCAUGGACUGGGAGAGUAGCCGCCGUCAAGAUGAUGGUUCUUCCCAAGCUCCAAUAUUUAUUCCGCACCCUCCCCAUACAGUUACCUGCAGCAUACAUUAAAGACGCACAGAAAACAAUUAACGCCUUUGUCUGGGCAAAAAAACGGCCCAGGGUUGCAGCACAUAUACUUUACCUACCGCAAAAAAUGGGGGGAAUGGGCCUCCCAAACUUAGAUCUAUAUUAUAAAGCGGCGAUAGUUGGCACACUAGUGGCUGUACUCCGCUCUUAUUCCAUGCCUCCGGCGUGGGUACACUUGGAAGCAUCACACACAGAGGGAUACGACAUUGCAACACUAGCGGGAAUAAGUGAAACUCACAGAAAAAAGUUUCGAGACAUUUCCCCUAUAACGUCCUUAACACUGAAAGAAUGGGAUAAAUAUACAAAAUUCUUGAAUCUUGACACGAAGCUACCACCAACAAUGCUCCUACGCUCUUUUGAAGCACUGAUCCCACAACUAAAUAUUAGAAAAUGGUCCACUGCAGGCUUAACACAUUUACACCAACUCAUGGAUAAUGAUAAAUACAUAGCCUUUACUUCACUACAAAAAGAGUUCCAACUACCACCUGCAGCGGAGUUCGCACAUAGACAGAUAAUAUCGUGGAUAGGAAGAAAUAGAGGGUCACCAUACACCGCAGAAACAAAGAGAAAUAUGGAGGCACUACGACAACUGUGCACUAACUCUAAUAAAACAGCUGGUAUCCUCUCCAAAGUAUAUAGCAGUUAUUUACCCAUAAAAAAGAUAAGAGACCUGACCUUUAUUAAAAACUGGGAAUAUGACAUAGGGAAACAAUUACCAGACGAAAACUGGCGUAAAAGUUUCAUGGCCCAUAAACACCUAACACUAUCCACAGCCCAGAUAGAAAUGUCGAGAAAAAUGCUGUACAGAUGGCAUAUGGUACCCACCAAGCUGAAACACAUUGACCCGAAACAUACGGGGGCGUGUUGGAGAUGUGGUGACGCCACAGGGGAUGUCAUACAUAUUUGGUGGACAUGCCCUGUCAUUACAAAACUAUGGAGAUCAGUACAUUCCCUUGUGCAACAAAUAGGAAAGAUGGACGUGGCAUUCAUGCCUGAGAUAUUCCUUCUGCAACAUAUGCCACAAGGCCUCUUAAAAUCCCAACAAUACCUACUUUUCCAUGUAACCAUAGCGGUGAUAACAGCUAUGGCCAAGGCGUGGCUUCAAAAGGACCCCCCACUAUUAGACACAAUAGCCUCACAUCUAGAUAAUAUUAGACUUUAUGAAUGUACGGUGCGAGCACACAGGGCGCCACAAAAGUUUUGGAUAGACGCAUGGCAAAUGUGGGACGCAUAUAGGCACCCUAAAAAACAAGGUGGAAUAUAGACAUGGAAUGAAACAAAUCAGAUGAGAGACAAGACACAAUCUCUGGAAAACGAGCGAAAUAUGUACAGGGGAAAUACCGAGAACUUAUGUUCUCCCCCCCCCCUCCCCCCUUCCCACCACCCAGUUCACGUUACGUUUAGUUUUAGCUUUAGUUAUUGUUCUCAACAUAGAUAAAAACAGGUACGAACAAAAGAAUCAUCAGGAGUAAGACGAUAUACAUAUAACAUUGACACCCUGGACUGGUGGACAAAUUAAGCCACAGCCAGAGGGGGUAAGGGAAAAUGAGAACAUGGAGCUCAAACUUGUAUAGCUACCCCAACUGGCAGUGUUGUUUUGCUGUACUACAUUUACCGGGUAUACUAGUAAUGAAUGCUGAGUUUGAGCUUAACUUUUAUUUUUACACCUUGUGAUACUGGAGGAUAUGUAAAACUUGGACAGUAUGUAAACACUGGAACAGAAUUAAUUUUUAUGUAAACUGAAUGUAGAGGAUACCAUUGUGAAAACUGAUGAUUGUACAUACCGAAAAUGCACAUUUACUGUUUGUACCUCAUAAACUACAAUAAAAAAAAAUAAAAAAAAAAAAAAAAAAAAAUCAGAGUGCUUCUUUUUUUCACUUUAUAUUUCUUCAUUGUUUAUUGAGCGUCAAGUUAUUAAACAAUACGAUUUUGCAAGAAUGGUAACCUAACCAGACAGGAGUAGCGUACAUAAAUACAAAAUCUUUUUGAAAGACCAUAUUGUAUAGUGAUCAGAGGAUUAGUCCUCAUGACCACAUUUUGUUUCUUUAUCAUCAUGGCUAAGAUUUAUUUUUAACCUUCAAUACAAAGAAAAAUAAAGCCUUGAAAGAGAAAUAAAUGCAGUGGGGAAAGAUUGUGGGAGAAGGGGAUGGGUACCGAUAUUCCACCAAGGAGGAGUGAGCGAAGAGAGCCACCAAUCUCCUAUAGGGAGACCCACCCCCGACUUCCAGAGAGCCCAGAAGUUCUGUGUGGACAAAAAGAUUGCAAAGAUCCCUCAGAAAUCAGACUCAUUGUAACCAAAUGGACAUAUACCAUUGCUGUAGUGGAUAAAACCAGUUUUUCAAUCAAUAAAAUAUACUCUCCCUUGAAAUCCAGUCCUUAAUUGAUGGGGCAGAGUCUCUCAUCCAGUAUGCCGCUAUAAACUGCGGGCUAUAUUUAUGAAGUAUAUAAUGACCUAUGGAGUGUGGGUACAAGUGGAAGAGAGAGACCUCUGUGGAGAAAGGCAGGGGAGAGUCUGUCAGUUUCAAUAGAAUUUUAUGUACCGUAUAUACUCGAGUAUAAGUCGACCAGAAUAUAAGUCGAGGCCCCUAAUUUUACCCCCAAAAAACUGGGAAAACUUAUUGACUCAAGUAUAAGCCUAGGGUGGGAAAUGCAGCAGCUACUGGUAAAUUUCUAAAUAAAAUUAUAUUAAUUUAAUAUAUUUAUUUACAGUGUGUGUGUGUGUAGUGUGUGUGUAUAUAGUGAAUGCAGUGUGUGUGUGUGUAUGAAUGCAGUGUGUGUAUGAAUGCAGUGUGUGUGUGUAUGUGAUGCAGAGUGUGUAACCUUGGUGGGGUGAGGGCAUUUUUAUUAUUUUUUUUUUUUAUUAUUAUUUUAAUAUUUAAUUUUUUUAAUAUUACAUUUUUAUUUUUUUAUUAUAAUAUUUAAAUUUUUAUUUUAUUUUUUUUCGUCCCCCCUCCCUGCUUGAUACAUGGCCAGGGAGGGGGGGCUAUAUUAUUCCCUGGUGGUCCAGUAGAUGGGCUGUGCAGGAAAGGGUCUGAGAGCAAGCUGUUACUUACCUUUACAGCAGCUCCGUUCAGCUCCCUUCUCCUCCAUACCGUUCAGCUCCACAGUGUAAAUCUCGCGGUAUGCGUGCCGCGCGGAGCGUUGCCACGGUAACCCGUGGCAACGCUCUGACGACCGCGGGUCUCGCGAGAUUUACACACGGAGCUGAACGGCACGGAGUAGUAGGGAGCUGAACGGAGCUGCUGUAAAGGUAAGUAACCGCUUGCUCACAGCCCCUAAUAAGGCUUGAGCCCGUUGAUCCUGGUCUGUACUAUGGCAAUGUAAGUUGCCAUAAUACAGGCACUGACUUGAGUAUAAGCCAAGGAGGGCUUUUUCAGCACAAAAAAUGUGCCGAAAAACUGGUCUCAUACUAGAGUAUAUAGUAUAUACAGGUAUUUGUUUCCAUAAAGGUUUGAUGAGAGAGCAUUUCCACCAGAUAUGUAUAUGAGUUCCUAGCUGUUUGUCACAUCUCCAACACUACUAGUUUACUGAAGGACAGUAGGCUGAGAUGCUUUCGGGGGUCUUUUACCAAUGAGUGAGAAUUAUAUAUCCAGUUUCCUUAUAUCUGGUGCAUAUGGAUGAUUUAUGGGGAAGUAUAAAAAUCUUAUUCCAAUGUCUCUCCUCUGUGGUAUUGUCAAUGAGGGCUAAUAUUUUAUGAGAUAGAAAAUAUAUUGACACUGAAUAUACAAAUGCCAAAGAAAUCCACACACCACUCUCUUAGUCCCAAAAAGGUGAGUGUAUACAAUACUUGUAAAUACAGAAGUAUAUGCUGGUAGUAUUCCGUAUACUUGGACCCUACAAUAAAAUAAAACAGUACAUAGUGUAGACUGUAUAUGAUAAUAACAAUAAUAAAAAUAAAUGGAUCCACUCACGAAUUUCAGAGCCGUGCCAGGCUCUGUGUAGAAUGCCCAAGGGUGCCUAUACAGGCUAGAUGCAGAAUCUUCACAAUAUCCCUCAGAGGUAGGAGAAACAGCAAAGAUGAUGGAAAGAUAAAUAGAUUUAUUGCAAAUAAAAAUGUAUAAAAACAACUAAACAAGUUGUAUAAAAUAAUGCAAAAAGUAAUACAAUGUUCAACUAAUAUUUUAUGCUUUGAGGAUCACCUGGGUAAACCAUGGAUUAAUUUGAGUUUAUGUAGAUUGUUGCAGUAGGAUAUGCUAUAUCCGCUCUCUCUCUAAUACAUAUUCUUACUAUUCCAUUUAAACAGAAUUUACUUUGGAAAGUAGUUUGUCUGUUAACAUAUCACUGCGUAUGUAGCCACAUGUAUACCAUGAUAUUUCUAGGAACUGAUCCAGGCCAAGUUAUGAUUUCAUUCUUUUUCAGACAUGGCACUACCUAAUGGGAAUAAAAUGUCUUCACAUACAUAUGGAGAUGUGGCAUUGGGCAGAAUGUGUGAGUUCACAGAGAUUGUGACUGGAAGCAGGGUCUGAAGAGUGAAGAACAAGUAUUAGAACGUGACUGAUUAUAAUGGUCGGAAUGUCAUGUCAAAGUAGCAGAAAUCUGAUUCCUUAUAAUUAUCUUAUGGGUCUUUGGUCUUAGUGCUAUCAGAACUGUGUUUUAUGUUGGAAUGUAGGCCCAGUUAUUAUGACUAUUGGGUAAACAUCUGUUUUGUUUUGUUCAUUAGACAGAACUGUAUUGAGUUCUCUGCAAUAUUCCUGAUUGACCUUUGGACUGCGGGCUGGUUCUGCAAUCAAGGUAAAAUCUUAAUUGUAUAUUACAUUUAAAAUUGGACAGUGUAUUGUGGAACUUGAUGUUAUUAAACAACAUAACUUUAACUGAACAAUUAGAUAGAAAUACAGCCUAGGUAAACUCAAAGCAGGGGGAUAACCCCUAGUGGAAAUGCAUAUCAAAAGAAAGAGGAGAGAAUACCUAUUAGAAAAGGUGAAUACGCUAUCACUAAAUAUAAGCUGUACGUGUGCAGACCAAGUAUCUUUGUUAUUUGAGACAUCAGCUAUACUCUCCCAUUUUGGGGUCAUUGUAUUGUAUGUUUGAUCUUAAUAGUCUAUUAGUGUUCCAUUCUUUAUUACUUUUUAAUACUUAUACCCAAUAAAGUUAUUUGUUAUUUUCAUUUUAUAUUUGUUUUAUUACUAUAUGUACUUUACCUGUACAGCUUAUAUUUAGUGAUAGCGUAUUCACCUUUUCUAAUAACAUAACUUUAACAGUGCAAAUAUUUCAAAUAGUACAUAAUGUUAUUUAUUCCUGCUACAUAUACAGGUAUGUCAAAUAUAUAAAAAAUGUUUGUUUGUCUUAUUGAUGCCAUCCUGUUUCCCCUCUCCCUCCUCCUUCCCUGAUCUCCGUCCCUUGCUCUCUUUUCUUUCUGGCUUUUCACUGCAUAAGUUCAUUCUUGAUUGUUUGACCACUUUGUGUAUGGCACUUAGAUUUACAUUUUUUUAUGUAUACCACAUCUCUUACUUUAUCAUCAUGCCUGCGUGAAAUUCACAUGUUCAGGUAUAUAUAUUUUAGAUAAUGUGUUUCCUCAUUUUUGGGCCUUAUGCUAUCCCAUAAUGGCUAUUUGUAAAAAGAAAAGGAAAACAGGUUGCAUCUGAUGACAAAAUAAUUACUAAGCAAGAAAAACAAUAGUAUAAAUAAUAUAAUAUACUAGGCUAGAGAACUGUGCAAUAGUGAUGCCGCGAACGGUUCGCCGCGGACUCAUCAUUGAGUAAACUUUGACCCUGUACCUCACAGUCAGCAGACACAUUCCAGCCAAUCAGCAGCAGACCCUCCCUCCCAGACCCUCCCACCUCCUGGACAGCAUCCAUUUUGAAGCUGCAUUCUUAGUGAGCUGUCCAGGAGGUGGGAGGGUCUGGGAGGGAGGGUUUGCUGCUGAUUGGCUGGAAUGUGUCUGCUGACUGUGAGGUACAGGGUCAAAGUUUACUCAAUGAGGAGUCAGCAGCGAACCGCUCGGCGAACCGUUCGGGACAUCACUACUGUGCAAUAAUAAAAAUAGUCAAGUACAGUCCUAGGUAUAGUAUACAUUCUUUUGGAGGGGAGGGGGGAGAGAUCGAGCUUCUUAUAGUCACUUGAAGUGUGUCCAUGAGCACAUAUAAAAAAACAAAAACAGAAGACCGGAAGGAUCCAAUAGUGCAGUAGGUCUCAACAAAUGUAACACAAACAUACACACAGAUACGUAAUUGCCAACUCACAUGAAAUGGAGCUUAAACCCAGCUCCCGUGUAUACAGUGUGUAGUGGUAUAAAUAUCAAUUUAUGGAUACAUAAAUGUCUUGAUGUUACUUUCAGCAACAAAGCUGUGAAGACCAUAGUAAGCAAAAACUAGUCCAUGUUUGUUGCGUGCGUGGUAUAAUCCCCAUCUCGGAUUUUUUUUGUCCAGUCAUCCACGAUGCAGAAAAUGGUUUUAGGAUGCCGCUGCAAAUACAAGUAUAAAAAUGAUAAAAUGACAAAGGUAUAAAAUUUAUGGCAACACCAAUAGGUAAAAGCCAAAAGAUACUUUAUUGCUAAUAAAAUAAAUAACAGAAUCAAAGUUUACAAUCCACGUGUUUUUCCUAAAGUUUAUAUCAAGGUGAAUUACAAUACCUGGCAUACAGGUUAAUAUAUGGUCACAGAACAAUAGAAAAUUCGAAAUCGGGUUAAAAAUUAAGUCAUAGUCACGUGAUCGUGAUCACAUGACUGUGUGGAAACUAUUCCUAUAGAUAAUGUAUGAAACUAAAAUAAGCAAGGAUAAUAUGUAAUCAAGUGGACAGCUAAACAAAAGUUGGAAGUGAUAGAUUAAAUACAUUUUAAAAAUCAUAAAAUGGCAGGACAAAACAAAUCACAUGACAAGCCAAAACUGCUUUGAGACAGUGUAGUAAAUAGGACCCGAAAGGGUCUGUGGGGAAUGUAGGCUAAGGGAAGGUAGAGAACCUUAAUGAAUGGAAGGUCAAUAUUGAACAGAAGGAGAAAAACCAUCUGACUUCUGGUCAAUAUCUUUCUCAUAUCAAUUUUAUGGUGAUUUUCUUUAGAACACUAACCCCCCCCCCUCCCCCCUUUUUUUUUUUUUUUUUUUUAACUGGGUUUUUAAUUUGAAAACCAUAGAACCUGAUGGUCAUAAUGCAAAGUUUGAAUUGUGUUAAUUUCCUUUUAAGCUCCACUUUUUCCAUUUUGUUGCUAUAUACUUUUAGGUUUUAUUUUACUUUUAUGUUUAUAUGCAGACACACUACCCGUGAUUUUCAUGUUUUUUACUUUUUAUGUGUGGUUUUUGGCUUAUUGUUUUUAUUUAUACUUUUUUAAUAUAAUUUUAUGUUUUGCUUUUGAAAUAUAUAUAUAUAUAUAUAUAUACAUUCCAACCUCCAGUCAAAAAAAUAUAUAGCCGGUGCCAAGUUUUUUUUUGUUCCUGUCCUAUCCCUAUGACAGACUAAGUCAUUCUAGAGAAUUUUUUAUUUUUGGCUUACCUGAGGGUUGUUACUGUCUGCCUCAAGCGAGUUCAGCCUCUCUUCCUUGGGAAGUCUUCAGUACACGUCCCUGUGCAAAGAUGACCCCAUGAAGAUACCCCUUUAGUGACCAGGGGGUUUUACUAGAAAUGACCCUAGAGGUAGCAAGAUCAUGCCAUCACCAUAAUUCCUGCAGUGAUGCAAGGGGUAGCAGGCUGGGUAUUCACUUACAGAGCAAAUGGGUUUACUUGCUUUGACAUUAGGGGUAGAACGAUCAUCCUAUCACCCUAUUUCCUGCAGUGAAGGGGCAGCAGGCUGGACAUGCACAUGCAGAGCAUAUGUAUUUGAAGGAUUAACCCCUAAGUGACCGCAGACGUACAGGAUACGUCAGACAAAAAACUGUUGUUAAUGACCGCUGCCGUACCCUGUACGUCCGUGGCAAAUAUGAGUGCUGGAUGCGAUCGUGAUCGCUUCCAGCCACGCUAUGGGUAUUGCAGCAAUGCCUCGAUGUUGAGGAAUCCUGCAAUACCCCCCAGACUGCUGGGCCGCCGGGUGAUCACUUCUAGGUUGCUCCACGUGGCGCCUGGCAGUGAGGCAGAGCAUCGGAAGCCAUCAGGCAGGCUUCCGAUGCUCUGCCUGUCUGCUAAGUGCCCAGAGGGGUCGAGGCAUUCAGUAAAAUAAAUAAAAAUAUAAAAAAUUCAAAAAAAUAAAAUAUGUGAUAAUCCCCCCUCAGGACCUUGGACGUAACUAGGUAUUCCUAAAUUACUUACCCGAUCGCCGCCAUCCCCCCGCCGGCAAUCAGUCUUCCUCUCUGAAAGCCCAGACAGUUAAAAUGUGUCACCCCCCUCCUGCAUCCACUAUACACACACAUUGCAUACACUAUACAUACACACACACACACACACACACACACUGCAUCCAUUACAAAAUACACACACACUGCAUCCCCUAUACAGACACACAAUGCAUUCACUACACACACUGCAUGCAAUCCACAGCCACUGCACCCACUACACAUACACUGCAUUCACUACACACACUGCAUAACCUAAUGGAUGUGGGCGUUUUUUGUUUGGUGUGGUUUUGUUGGGGAUUGGGGUGGGGCAGCAUUGCAUCAUUUGAUCUUGCCUUUGGCCGGCCCUGGACUAAGUGGCUACUAAAGAAAAGACUGGACAUACCCCAUAUUGAAUAUCCUGGGUUGUCUACUUUAAAAAAAUAUGUACAUGUGGGGUGUUAUUCAGAGAUUGAUGACAGGUAACAGUGUUACAAUGUCACUAUUGAUACAUUUUAAAAUAUAUAUUUAACCUGCAAUGUCUUUAUACUUAUAGCCCUAUAACUUUCCAAAAUAAGCUAAGAACAUGUUAACAUUGGGUAUUUCUAAACUCAGGACAAAAUCUAGAAACUAUUUAGCAUGAGUGGUUUGGGGGGGGUCAAAGUUAGAAAAAGUGUGUUUUUAUUUUUUUAUUUUUUUUUUUACAUUUUUUCAUAUUUUAUAAAAAAAAUUAUAGUUAAUUAUAUAAUGUUCUCUUUAGAAAGACCAUUUAAUGUCGAGAAAAACAAUAUAUGUAAUAUGUGUGGUUACAGUAAAUGAGUAAGAGGGAAAAUUACAGCUAAACACAAACACAGCAGAAAUGUAAAAACAGCCCUGGUCCCAAACGGUAAGAAAAUUGAAAAACGGUCUGGUCACUCUGAGACUGGCUAGCAUUCCUUUACUGAAAAGGUAAUGUACAACUCUGCUAUCUUGUACUUUCCCAUGGAUUUACUUGCAGUGAACCUAAGGGUAGCAAGGUUAUGCCAUCAUCUUAUUUCCUGCAAUGACCAAGGGGUAACUGGGUGGAGAUGCACAUACAGAGCGUAUGGAUUACAAAGAUUGUAUGAGAUGGACUAGCAUUCCAUCGCUGAAAGGGUUAAUAUAUAACUCUGCUAUCUUGUACUUUCCCAUGGAUUUACUUUCUGUGAAUCUAAAGGUAGCAAGAUUAUGCCAUCAUCUUAUUUCCUGCAGUGAUCAAGGGGUAGCAGGCUGGGCAUGCACAUACAGAGCAGUGACCCUAGAGGGAGCAAGAUUAUGCCGUCACCCUAUUUCCUGCUGUGCCAUCACCUUACUUCCUGCUGAGCAUAUAUAUGGAUAUAACCCCUUCUACCCUUGAUCGGUUUCAUCUGAACGGUAAGAGAAGUUUUCAACACAAGGGAGUAUCUCAGUCUGGAUCCAUUGGGGUUUAAGACACUAGUACCUGGGACUCUGCUCCUAAGUUAACAAUGCAGUACUUAGACUGGCUAAAUGUUCCACUCUGCCCUUAAACAAUGUGAGACUCCAUGGAGUAAAGCCUAUGUGGCAGCUGGCACAGGCUUUCAUCGUGCGCUAAGCUCUUCCCUCAAUCUCUAAGGAUCUAAGCUUGGUAUGGAUAAUUAGGAGGAGCAUAUCAGAGAUCAUUUUCCUUUGUCUUUUGACAAUUUACAAGUCCUUAAGCCAGAAAUAAUCUUCAGCUAAGAAGCCUAGAUAGGUUGCAUUAUAUUCUAGCCAGAAAAAUGACUUUCUCUGUGUCUACUAGCCGGGCUCUUUGGCUUAGUACUUGGUCCACGGAUGCAUCCUCCUAAAUGAUUAGAUCAAGAGAAUGGCAGAGGGCAGGAAAGCUUGUCUACUUCAAGACCUAAGGUUCAGGAGACCCUUUCCAUCCAAGGUCUCUCAUUAAUUUCCAUCCCGGACCAAGGUAUUUACACCAGGAAGAGAGUAUGGUAGAUCUCAAUUUUGAGAAGUGGUCAUUAUUCUACCAGAGGAAGUGAAAAGGUAAAACGAUGCUUUGUAAAUUUCAGGGCUUCUCUUCAAUUAGAGGGAGCUAUUGUAAGAAAUUUUAAAAGCGUCUAGAACACAAAGAUUAUGUUUCUAACAGGUGGAUAGCAAUCUAUUCUAGUUUACAGGAUUCUUGAACAUUCUUCAUCAUAAAGGUAGUAUUCUUAGUGCUUUGGACAAAAUCUAUGGAUUUGUAGGAUGCUUAUUACCAUGUAUCUAUUGCCCCACAUCACCAGAUGUUUCUCAGAAUGUGUGGAAGGACACUUUUAUCUGAAGUCACCUUGCUCCCUCCCAGUUCACGGUAUAGCUGGAAACACUGUUCAACACAGUCCAAGGCACAGUACAGCUCUCUUCAGAAAGUGCAGUAAAACUUAUCAAGUAGGUAAAGGAUGUUGACUGUCAUAUUGCCUCAGCAAAGGGAGUUUUGAUCCAAGUCCUUAACCAUAGGUCUGAUUAGAUGACACAAGGGAGGAGCUUAACUUUCCUAUAGAAAUUCCUUGAACAGUGAUGACUGAAUACCAUUCACUGGGGUUGAGGAACUUUUCUCCAAAAUCGAAUACGUUCAGGAAAAGGACACCCUUAAAAGAUCACUAUAUGGUCAGGAACACAAACGUGUAUUCCUAACCCUAUAGUGCUAAAACCACCAUUUAGGUGGCUUGUCCCCCCCUUAAACCCCUUAUAAAUAAAAGUUUAAAACUUACCUUAUUUCCAGCGCUGCGUGGGUCUGUCGGCACUGGCUCUGCCCCCUUUGUGACAUAAUCAAAAUGUCUGAUUUUUUUUAUUGAUUUUUUUUGCCAAUCCAAUGCUUUCAUUGGAUUUUUCAUUGGAUUGGCUGAAAUUGGCAUGGGGGCUGGGCCAAAUGCAAUUUUGGCCAAUCAGGACCUCCUCAUAGAUAUGCAUCUCUAUGACGAAAAUUCAGCGUCUCCAUGCAGAGCGUGGGGACGCUGAACGGCAGGGCUGCUUACUAAGGAGUGGCCACUUGGAGGUGUCCCUUCGGGCAAUGUAAACAUUGCCUUUUUUUCUGAAAAGUCUGUGUUUGCAUGAAAUUGCCUGAAGGGAGCUAUUAUACUCACCAGAACAACUACAUUAAGCUGUAGUUGUUCUGGUGACUAUAGUGUCCCUUUAACAUUCAACGCUUCUCUUCUGCAUAGGUUACAAGAGUCAAUAUCAAUCAUCCUCACAAUUCCAUAUUGGUACCCAGUCCAUGACUUCUGCCUAUUUUCUUUAGUGCUGCCAUGGGAUCUCCCAAAAGAGUUCUUCUCUCUUCCAUCAGGUCAGGUGCUACUUUCCUCAUUCUGAAAGUUUCGAUAUGUAAAGGGCUUAAAUGUAAGGGUUUUUAAACUGCAGUAAUUAAUACCCUUCUGAAGGCCAUGUAAAAAGUAUAUCCUUGGCUACCUUUACAAAGUUGGGAUGCCUAUAUUCCUGGUCUAUUUCUAAUUAGGUUAUUAUCAGGGCCGGUGCAAAGAUUUUUUGGUACAUAGGCGAAGAUGUAUCUUUCCACCCCCCCCAAAAUAACAUCUUCACCUAUGUGCCUCUUAACCAGCCCCUCUCCCCGUCCAUUAGUGGUCCCCUCCCUUCCCUGUCCCUUAGUGUUCUUCUAAGCUCUCCCCUCUUUUUCCUGUCCAUUGGUGUUUCUCUCCCCUCCCCUCCCUGUCCCUUGGUGCACCCCCCACCCCUUUAGUGGUCGCACUCCCCUUCCUGGUGUGCCUCCUACCUCUCUUGUAGCGUUGCCGAGUGGAGGAUAUCCCCUACAGGAGCUUCAAUUUUCUGUACCUGGCCAUACUGACAGGGAGUGCUCGCUCAGUGAGCACCUCCGGUCAGUCUGGCCAGGUACAGGAAACAGAAGCUCCUGUACUGCGCUCCGCCACACUACACUCAGUGGUGUAUACACACUGACAGUCACACACACUCAAUGACAAACACACAGACUCACUGAUCUGACACACACUCAUUCAUUGACAGACACACUGAUACUCACACACAGAUUCAAUGACAAAGAUACUCUCCCUGAUUUGGCAGACACUCACAAACACACACUGACAGACACACAUACACUGCCACACUCAUACACUCACAUGCAGUACUCAUACAAGCACUCACAGACACACACAUACACACUCAUACAAUCACUCACAGACACACAUACUCAUGCACACAGUCACUCACAGGCACACAGUCACUCAGGCACACAUACACUCACACACAGACACACAUACACACACACACAGUCACACACAGACACUCACACACAGACACACACUCAAUCACAGACAGUCACUCAGACACUCAGGCACACAUACACUCACACACAGACACACACUCACACACAGACACACACUCAAUCACAGACAGUCACUCACAGACACACAGUCACUCAGGCACACAUACACUCACACACAGACACACACACACAGACACACACUCAAUCACAGACAGUCACUCACAGGCACACAGUCACUCAGGCACACAUACACUCACACACAGACACACACACACAGUCACUCACACAAUCACAGACAGUCACUCACAGACACACACACAGUCACUCAGGCACACAUACACUCACACACACAGACACUCACACACAGACACACACUCAAUCACAGUCACUCAGGCACACAUACACUCACUCAGACAAACAGACACGCAUACACACACUCACUAAUUAUUUUAAUAAAUAAACAUUUUCCACCCAGCCUCCCUACCUGGAGAGCUGGUGUGGAUGAUGAAUCAUUCCCUGGGGUCCAGUGGGGCUGCUGGGAGGCGUGCGGCAGUGCUGUGAUCAGACGCGGCGAGGGAGCUCUAACCUCUCUGCUCUGCUCCCUCGCGGCUGCCUUCUGAUACCGCGGGAGCCGGAAUAUGACGUCAUAUUCCGGCUCCCGCGGCAUCAGCAGACAGCGCGCGAGGGAGCAGAGCAGAGAGGUUAGAGCUCCCUCGCCGCGUCUGAUCACAGCACUGCCGCACGCCGCGCCGGGGGUCGAGAUGGUGGCCUGGCAGGAGGGAGAGCUUCCCUCCUGCCGGUCACUGAAAUAAUGCGCCCCCGAAACCGGUGCGCCCUAAGGCGGCCGCCUGUGCCGCCUUAUGGACGCGCAGGCCCUGGUUAUUAUUCAAACUCAUACUACCAAGGGCGUUCUAAAUUCUUCAAUCCAGGGCUCAUCUAGGAAUUAGCCACAUCACCUCAAAGGUAAAGGGCUUUGAUAUGGAGGUAUCUAAAUAUCUGGCGGCUUUAUUUAUAUAAUCCCUCGGUUAACCAUUCCUACCUACUCUGAAAUCUUCACCCCUUUUAACCAUGGGACUCUAUCUGUCUACAACUGCUUAAUAUUAAGUUAGCUCUGUGACAUUAGCAUCGGGCUGAAGAAUAUCAGAUCUUCAAGCACUAUUUUGCAUGAAACCCUUUACUCCCUUCCACAAUAUAUCUAAAGCCUAUUGAUUAGAAUAUAGAGUCAGUAAUGAAACUUUGAGACUCUAUGAUUUGCUGGUGGAAAUUCAGUCGUGUGGCUGUAGGAAAGGAGUAUGAGCCCCCCUCCUGUAAGUUGAUUUGGUUGUGGUAGGUCAUCUAUGGAAGCAAGGUUUCAAUUGUUACUCACCUAUGCAGAGAGCACUAUAUUGUCUAUUCUUGCUUUCUAUGGUCCUCACAGCUUUCACUUAGCUGCUAAAAGUCACAUCAAGAUGUUUAUGUAUCCAUAAGUGGGGAUUUAUACCACUACAUGCUGUAUAUACUGUAGCGGGUUUUAAGCUCCAUUUCAUGUGAGUUGGCAAUUGAAUAUCUGUGUAUUGUGUGUGUGUGUGUGUGUGUGUGUGUUAUAUUUGUUGAGACAUACUACACUAUUGGAUCCUUCCUGUCUUCUCUUUUUUUCAUGUGUACUCACGGACACACUUUAAGAGACUAUAAGAAGCUUGAUUUCCUCCACCCCCCACCCCACAAAAAGAAAGAGAACUAUACGUAGUACUGUACUUUACUAUUUUUAUUAUUGCACUGUUCUCUGACCUAGACUGUACCUUAUUAUGUAUAUUAUUGUUUUGCUUGCUCUUACAUCUGCCUAAUUAUAGUGUUUAGAGAAACUGCUAUGUUUACAAUAGGGUUAAUCCAGCCUCUAGUGGUUGGCGCUUCCGUGCUUCUCACUGUGAAAAUCACAGUGAGAAGACACUGAUGCCCAUAGGAAAGCAUUGAGAAAUGGAUCAGACUUAGCUCUGCAGGGCGGGGGAAGGCUUAUAAAGCCUUGCCACGUCCUGCAAUUAGGCUCAGAGCACUCUGAUUGGUGGGUUUAAGCCAUCCAAUCCGAGUGCUCUGUGUCAUUUUACACAGCGUGGGAAAGUUCUUUGGAAUUUUCCCACGCUGUGUAAUUUGACUCAUAACUCUUUGAUUGGUGGAUUGAAAGGGGUGGGGGCCAGGGGGGAGGACAUUAGGUCCCCCCCUUAAAAUCUAUUCAUGCAUGAUAGUUGCCAACAUUUGAAAACCAUUUCCAGGGAUCUUUUUGGGGAGAUUUUUCAAAUGCCGCUGUCACUUUUACAUCUAAUAUUUGGUAAAUGAUAAAUAUUUAGUGCAGUUUAUUAAAUCUACCAGAUUUUUAAAAGAAAGCUUUUUUUAUUUUUUUGUUUGUGACACAAAUUAUUUAUUAACGCAACACUAGCAAAGCAAACCCCAUAGGAAAGAAUUGAUUCAAUGCUUUCCUAUAGGGAAGACCUAAUGUGUGCGGCGCUCAUCUUAGAUGUGUCUGGAGGAGGAGGAAGGAAAGUGGGGGAACUUGCCACUCCCCCCUGGAUUUUUUAAUUUGUGCCGGUAUUUUUAGUGAGUGAGAAUACUGUGCAAUACCGGCGCCGGCCAGUAGGUGGCGCUGUGUAUGGAGAGAGGCAGGGAUAGGAAGCUACAUCUUAUCCACGCUUCUCUCUCCUGACUGAAUCAGCAGGGGAGCAGCUAGAGACUGUGGCGCCAGCAACUCCGAGCCUGCAGAUCAGGUAAGUGAGGGAUGGGGGGGGCAGCAUAAGAUCAGGUAAGUGAGGCAUGGAAGACAGCCUAUAGCUCAGGUAAGUGAGACAUGGUAGGGGCAGCCUACAGAUCAGGUAAGUGAGGCAUGUUGGGGGGGAAGCCUACAGAUUAGGUAAGUGAGGCAUGGGGAGCAACCUAUUCAGGUAAGUGAGGCAUUGGGGUGGGGGGGAGAGGGCAGCCUAGUGAGGCAUGGGGGUUAAAUUUCAGGACUUCAUAUAUGAAGUCAGAGUAGGAGAAUAUAGUCCCUAAAAUGUAUUUAUUUUUUUUUAUUUUUUUUAAAGUUCUAUCUCUGCUGGAUGUCCCAUGUAGUCAGAUUUACUAUUCCCACAUACACGGACUAUGAUACAUUAGAGAAAAGGGAAAGGGUUAACUAGGUGCAUUACUGCUGCCCACGGUGUGUGUUUGGGGCAGCACAAAACAUACAAAAUACACCGGGAAAAGGCAGUAUACCCCUAUAUAAUGUCCAACAUGUCAAAAACCUGUUGUCUUGCUCCUAGACUGCAGCUGUGAGUCACAAGAAGCCUGUAGUCUUUCUAGUUAUAUCAAAAGUAUAUGCCCCGUGCCUCACUUGCCUCUCUUAUCCUAGCCUUAUAAUAUAAUAACCAUAUCCUAGCCUUUGAAAAAUGUCAUAUUGAACCUAUUGCAGGGACCACAUCCUGGGUGUUGCCAAUGAAUGAGAGGGCUGCUUGCUGUGAGUGUGUGUAUUCAGCAGUGAGUGUGUGUAUUCAGCAGUCUGUGCGUAUAUAUUCAGCAGUGAGUAGAUCUACUCAGCAGUCUGUGCGUGUAUUCAGCAGUCUGUGCGUGUCUAUGUGCAGCAGUCUGUGUGUAUGUAUUUAGCCAUCUGCAUGUGUGUAUAUUCAGCAGUCUGUGUGUGUGUGUGUAUGUAUGUAUUCAGCAGUCUGUGUGUAUUUAGCAGAAACACAGAGGGAAUGGAGAAGAAGACAAAGAGAGGGUCUGGGAAGGGGACAAUGACACACUGAGGGGCUGGGAAGGGGAUAGGAACACACAGAGGGGCUGGAGUCAGUGGCGUAUCCUGGUUUUGUGCUGCCCUAGGCAGGACAAAACUCAGGCGCCACCCCCACCCAACCUUUCCCCCCGCCCCACCUUCUAAAUACACACACACACAAACACACACACACACACACAGUCAGACACAAACACACAAUCACUCACAUUAACACUUUUUUAAUAAUUAUUAUUUAUCUCCCCCCCCCCCCGCCUCCUUACCUUUGGGAAUGUUGGGGGGGAGGGGUCACUCUCUCCUUGGGGGUGCAAGGUGUGUGCAGUGGCGGGUGGGCGGCUGGCAGCUGGCGAGGGACUCUUUCUCUGAGCGGUCUGCUGAGCUCCCACGCGAGCCGCAGAGUGAGGCUGGGAGCCGGGUUGAUGACGUCAUAUUCCGGCUCCCAGCCUCACUCUGCGGCGCAUGAGGGAGCUGAGCAGACCGCUCAGAGGAAGAGCUCCCUCGCCAGCCGCCCGCCCAGCGCAGCCCAGCAUGUCAGUUAGCCAUGAGGCUAACUAGGCAUUUGCCCUGGGCAUUUGGGGGCAGCGUUGUUGCCGCCCCCUGGAAAAUGCCGCCCAAGGCAAAUGCCUUGUUUGCCUCGCGGCUAAUACGUCCCUGGCUGGAGUAGACAAUGAAUCACAGAGGACCUGGGGAUAGUGGAAGGGGUACACAGAGGGGCUGAGGAAGAGGCCAAUGUCACAAACAGAGGGGCUGGGAAGGAGACAAUGACACACACCUAGGGGCUGGGAAGGGGACAAGGACACACAGAGGGGCUGGCGAAGGGAACAAUGAUGCACAGAGGAGGUGGGGAUGGGGACAAUAACACACAAAGGAGCUGGGGAAAAGUAAGACUCAAAGGGGUGUAAGACACAAAGGGGAAAAAUUGAGGAUAAAGUAAACUAAGGGGGAUAGAUACACUAAGCGGGAUAAGACAUUCAAAAGAUGGGAUAAGAAACACAAAAUGGGGGUUAAGAGAGACACAGGUGAAAAUUUAUUUUUUUCUAACAUACUCUCUAAUGGAUGCUGAGUCUCCCUCUGUUAGAGCCCUCCAUCCCUCCUCCAGGGCCCAUUAUUAUUAUUAUUAUUAUUAUUAUUAUUAUUACUGGAAUUUAUAAGGUGUGGGAAGUGUUGUGGAUGCAAUCUGGUACUGUGGGCACUUACUGGUGAUGUACCUAGUGCUGUGAGUGUCUCAAAGUACUGUGGCAACUGAUGUGCAUGCUACCUAGUGCUGUGCCAAUGACUUUGUGUGCAGUUAUUUUUACAAUUCAGUUAUAGUGCCUUGAUCAUGGGUAUAGGACUAAUGUGGUGAAUUGUAUAGUGUUAACAAAAAAACAGAUUAAUCACUCAAAUCAGACAAUGGCAACUUGAUUCUUUUAUUAAAGGACCACUAUAGUGCCCUGAGGGUGCCCCCACCUUCAAGGACCCCCUCCCGCCGGGCUCUGGGGAGAGGAAAGGGGUUAAACUUACCUUUUCUCCAGCGCCGGGCGGGGAGCUCUCCUCCUCCUCUCCACCUCCGAUCCUCCUCUUCGGCUGAAUGCGCAGCAGGAGCUGUGCGCGCAUUCAGCCGGUCUCAUAGGAAAGCAUUUACACUGUGAUUUUCACAGUGAGAAGCACGCAAACGCCUCUAGCGGCUGUCAAUGAGACAGCCACUAGAGGCUUUAGAGGCUGGAUUAACCCUAUUAUAAACAUAGCGGUUUUUCUGAAACUGCUUUGUUUAUAAAAAAAAAAGGGUUAAUCCUAGAGGGACCUGGCACCCAGACCACUUCAUUAAGCUGAAGUGGUCUGGGUGCCUAGAGUGGUCCUUUAAGCUUUUGCAUCAGGUUUCUCAAAUCUAUUACAUGCCUGCACUUUAUGUAAUAAUGACUAUGCCCCUCCCCUGCAUGACACUGUCACAAAUGGGCAGAUCAUGAAUGUCAUUACAAUUAUGCCCCCCCUCCACCCUGUAAAAUUUCCUGCAGAUGCCCAUGCAUGUGAUCCUCCCCUCGGCUGAUGUCGGUGAAGGAGCGCGACCCAGUGACUUGGAUUACUGUGCUAAUCGAUGGGACACUUUAACGUAAGAAUACAAAUAUGUAUUUGUAACACUAAAGUGUUCCUUGAAUCUCUCUGACAGAGAGAGACUGUGUAUCACUUCUCUCUCUUUUUUUUUUUUUUUUUCUACCUUUUCUGCAAUACAUACAACUUCCUGCAUGCACACUAGUCUUACCUAGGUACUCCUGAAAAACAAGCCUUUCGAGCCCUUCCCAUUAUAAAUUAACCCUAAAAAUUGAACUUUCAGUGAUUUCAAGCAUUAGAUUAGGUCUUAAGAAGAUUGUUCCUGGUAAUGUCUCUGGAAAUGUGUUUUUGGUCCUAGUAGUUAGGACCAUCCUCAGCUGAGAUAUUGUGGUUGCUGUAAACAUCUGUAUAACCAACAUUUGUUGUUGGCCAUGACACAAAGAUGGCACUGUUGUUAAACCAAGUACAAAGUAGUUAAAAAUGGAAAAAUUAACAGUGGUCAAUUAACCAGCUUUACAAUUCUAGAACCAUUCGAGAUCGAAUGACCCAUUACGACGCUGGAUUCAUGUUACUUAUGAAAUAUAGUGCUUUAUCAGGACAUGCAAAUACCAGUUCUUUAUUUGCGUUUUUUUUUAGAGAACUCUAGGUCAUGUGUUGUCACUGAUUUCCAUGAUGUAAUGUAAAAUAUGAUUACUCUAAUCUGUGAAUUCUUCAUGUUGACAUAUCUGAUUUGUUGAAUAAAAACCUUCUGAAAUCCGGGUUUCCUCGGGUUGCUCAUAUCGGCUAAACAUAUGCCGUUAACCCCAUGUACAUUGUGUGAUUUAAAAUAUACACUGCUGAAUGCAAUGGUCUUUAUUUGUGUGUCAAAUUGUAAAAACUGAAUAUUGUCUAUACUUAUUUGUGAGUAACCUGAAUUGUUGUAUACUACUUUGCUAAAACUCUAAGAAAAUGACAGCUAGGAAAUUUAUAACACUCUUAAUAUUUUUUUAUUUUUUCAGAGUUAGCUGCUUUGUUUGGCUUGUUAUACAUAUAUGGAAGACAUACGUAUUUUUACGGCUACGUGGAGUCAGCCAAAGGAAGGCAAGUAUCCCUCUGUGACUAAGAAACCCAUGGAGCUAUUUUGGGAAUCCUGUUAUGAGGGGUAGUAUGAUGCACCAAAUAUUAGCCUUGGUCCCCAAUGCUCCGCAGCCUAUUUUAGUGAGGGAGGUGGUCUUUCUCCAUACUUGAUUUCUGACCAUAUAGUUGUAAUGAAUAAAUUAAAUGCUGUAGCUCAUUAGUAUGAAGUGUCGGGCCAAACACUGGCCAUGUACCAACCCAAGGACCAUGACAGAGCUUCCUCUGCCAAGCAGAACAAGAUUAAUGGGGUCCAAAGGACUAUGACAGGGUUGCUGGUGGGCCCAUCUAGGCAGUUGGCCAUCUCACAUUAUCACAAAUGAUGUGAAUGAUAAAUUAUUGACAAUAUUUCAACAUUCGAAACUCUGUAAGAAUAAACAAACAAACAUACCAGGUAUUUGAAGGCUUUAAGAGAACUAUUGGUUCUACAUUUGGGACACUUGUUUUGCCUUACUUCCAUAAACGCUAUUGAACUAGUUAACAGGUGAGGUAUACAAAUAGAAGUGCCCCCUUUGCAUGUCUAUAUAGUAGCUGCCAUCAUGUCUCCAGGACACAAUUCUAACCCAGCGCACACAUGACAAGAUGGGAUAUCCCAAAUACAUCACAUGCCAAACUGUGCCAGAACUGCCUAAUUUCAGUGUAAGUCCACUAAAAAAAACUAUUUGAGCGCAGAUAGUUCAGAGUUGUAGCAAAAUGAAAUCCAAACUGCAUACAUGCUAUAGCUACACCUAGUCUGUUUAGUCUAAAUUUAGCAAUCUGAAAUGUAAUUUGGGAAUUCAGUGAAUAACCUUUUAAUUAUUGUGAGCAAUAUGGAACAGAUGCACUUUCAGAUGAUUAUUUUUUUUCUUUUAAAUCCUCAAACCUAAUAUGGAAGAUGGCACUCAUGACCAAACUUUUCUGUGUAAAAUUGGGAUAAAAGGAGGGAAUGUUUGUGCUAUAAUGGAAGUUGACUAUACAGAGAAGGUAAAACAAAAACACUUUUUUCACUAAACCUCACACCAAAACCAGAAAUGAAUAGGAACGAAAGGUUUUUAUUGGUAUACUGCGUGGCCAAAUUAUAUCAUGGCAGCUGAUAUUAAAAUAUUUUUACAAUUUUUUUUUUUUUAUAAUUCUUUAUUUUUGUUGUGCAUGAGACAAACAAUAAAUCGGUAACCAUGGCAUUGUGUAGUGACAAGAGAAGUAUUCACUAUUUCAACAUAAACAUCUUUAGCAAUCUGCACAAAUAUAAAUAUAGUGAUAAUAUGGAUUUUACUUUUUAAGCUUGGAAUUCUCUUCUGGUAAAUGUGAAAGUUACAAAAUUCCCUUUUAUCACUGAUAGUUGAUUUUUAAAGGGCCUAUUUUUAAUUGUAGCCCACUCCAGCUGAGCUAUCAAGGGUUAACCAUAACCAAUAGCGGAACUACCACGGACGCGAUGGUCGACAGGGGCGGCCAGCCCCCUAGAUUGACCUAUCGACCCCUGCGUCCGCAGGCUGCCACAAGGUGUCCCAAGAGGAAUUGUGACGGGUGCCCCCAGACUGGGGGGAGAUGAGGCAGGAACCUGGCACCACGAAAGGCUGAUCUUGCAAUUUCUCACUCCUCCCUCGUGUACCCUCUGUAAUGCCGGCAGCCAGAAUUAUGUAAUUCCAGCCCCGGAAUACUAAACGGCAAACAGGAGGAGUGAGGAACUGCCCCACACUUGACCCACACUGGGGUUUGGAGAGACACAAGGAAGAGCUGAGGGUGGCAGAGACACAUGGAUGCCUGGGAGGGAAGAGACACAUAGAGGGGCGGUGGGAGAAAUACAUGGGAGUCUGGGAGGAGACAUGGGGAGGGGCUAGGCGGGAGAAUGAGACAUGGGGAGGGGCUAGGGGGAGAAUGAGACACAUGGGAAGGCCCGGUUGUUUCUAGUUGCACCUCUGACCAUAACUGCUAUAGAUUAUCUUCAAUAGAAUAUAAGCAAAACACUGACCUUUUAUAGCAGAUGUUAAUCUGCUUGCAGCUUUGCACUGCUUACAUUUUUUUUUUUUUUUUUAUACAAAUCUAAACAAUAUCAAUCUUCUUGGAAAAUAAAUAAUUGCUCAUUUAUUUUAUGAUGUAUUUUUAAACCUAAUAAAGAAAAAAAACCUAAAAAAAAAAACCUGUAAAACUAAUCUGUAUCUUAUUUUCUUCAGGUUGAAAGGAUUUUCGGUGUGUAAAACGUCACUGAUUUUACUACUGGUUCUGGCGUUAACUGGGAUUACAAACAGUCUCUUUCACAAAUAUUUUCACCUGAACCUACUGAAAAAACUAUUCUAAGAAUAAGGCAACCGAACAAAUGACUGUCUACAUUUAAUUCUCUUCCAAUAUACGUUUUAAUUUUCCUUUAUCAAUAUUUGUGGUCAUAUACCAUUAUUAAGUAAUUUGUAUUAGUAAUGUAUUUUUAUAAAUGGACAUUGUUGUAAAACAAAUAUGCAGAGAUGGUUGUUUGGAAUUCAAGUUUAGGAUAAACUAGCGGAACUAUAACACAUUGUUCAAUUAGCCUAUUUUGGCCUAAAAUUCUAAAUUCAUGACAACUCACAAUUUAUUUUAUAAAGUAGAGCAAUGAAGGCUAAGCAGCAGCAGGAGAGAGAAACCCAACACCAGAGCCUGCUCUGCAUUAACGACACGGAUCAAAAUCCCUCUCUUCUCCCCCAUCAGGAUGUUGCAAGGUGAAGAGAUCUUCCAACUGCUCCUGUCACAUGUCCAAUGCACUUUUCCAGCAUUCUUAGAGAUAGGACACUGAAUCGUUAGGGAUGUGAAAAGCAAAGAAUGAAGAAGAAGGCAAAUAUGUAUUUUUUUUUUCUCUAAAUUUACCUGCAUUUUUUUUCUGCCUGCAGAGUGAGGCAACAGUAUCAUUAAAAGUUAAAGAUUAAGUUAUCAUGUCCCUUUAAAAUGCAGUUGGUUAAAAUUAACCUCAGUAGAGCAGUAGUGAAGGAAAAACAUUCUUUCGGAGGUCAUAUUUUAAUUAAGUACCAAGCAGUUUGUUACAUACUUAUACAUACAAAUUAAAAAUGUACCGUUGCAUGUUCCCUACAUGAGCCAUUUGGUUUCUUGCCAUCACAACUCAUGCUUCGGUUUAUAAAGCUAUGUUUCGAAUGCUCACCUGCAUGUUGACCUGAGAAUUUGUCAGAAUUGCUGUGCCCAAAGCAGCUUUUGAAAUAAGAAAAUCAUGUGCAAUAGGACAUUUUACAUUUAUUAUAUAUAGAAUUUUUAUAUCUAGUAGGACUGAUUUGUAUUUUUAAGUGUGUAUCAUAAACCUCCAUGCUAUACAUGUAUUCCUAAGGACAUCGUAGGGCAGCACACAUGCAAUAAUGAACCCUAAGUGCUUCUUAUUCGUACAAAAUAAUGAUAAAUACUCUGGUGCUUUUCUUUCUUUUUCCCUUAUCAUGAACAAGAAGCAGACCCCGGGUCAGUGGAUGAGUAGCUGAAUGGAGCUUUUCUUAUUUCCUACUUUUGUAUAUUGUCUCACAUUUUAUCUAAGGUUACAUGCAUUUACCAUGUUUGUUGUUGUUUUUUUUACUUUGAAAAGCAAACAAUGUAUUUAUUACACUAUAAUAAAUAUUUAGUGGAUGGUUUCUGA